UUGUCACACGCUGUCAUAGACGAGCUGUUCUCCAGUGCAAGUCUCCAGCUCCUGCUUUGCGCGCGCGCACACACACACACACACACACACACACACACACAGAGCCUGGCUGCCUGCGGAGAACAGACUUCCGCAAGGCAGCCUUCCAGAGACAGCCAGAGUGCUCAGAGGGACGGAGCUGCUGGAGAGCGCCUGGGAAUGGCUGACAGCUACAUUGAGGAAUCGGAUCUCUUUCCUGAGAAAGAGGAGACUCUGGAGUGGGGUUAUGAAGAAGGUAAGGAGGUUGGGGCUUGAAACUGUGAGCUGCUAGGUGGGCUGAGCGAGUGAAGCCUUUUCAUUGUGUGCCUGAGUGUGCAUGUGUGUGAGAGAAAACUUAAAUAUAAAGUUCACAUUUACUCUUGUCACCAAUACGCCUUGGAAAUACUGUUUGAAGAUCAGGUGUCAUUUUAGCACAUUGAAAACGGGUGUGUGUGCAAACUAUCGAGUUAAGAAAAGCAUGCUAUUUAAUUUUAGGUUAAAAAAAAAAACCAACACAAAACAGAAACUCUAGAACUGCUUCAGCAGUAAGCCCUUCUCUUUCCGAAGGCAAAGAUGCAGCAUUUCCACAAAUAAGUUGCACAUUCCCUCGCUGUGUUUGAAAGUCAAACACUGUAGCUCUGACAGCGCCACUGGCUGUACACACAAAAAGCUGGGUUGCUUUUGUUGCUUUUUACUGUCCAGUGAGCACUGACUGAGGGAAAUCAAAAGGGAUUUCUAAUCUCCUCUCACAUUUGAUAAUCCAAGCUGAAUUUAAUAACAUGGGUACAGAAAUGUUUAUGGCUAGGACUCACAAAUGGCAGCAAUGUGUAGAUGAAGCACACAGUCACAGUUGUAUAUGAGUUGUGUAAAUGAUGGUCUUGUGACAGAAGGCUAAGAAAAACAAAAGUUGCUGGUUAGAUGUGUUAGCCCACUAGCGGGGGAUCCUAAAAGUUAGCAGCUGGGUAAUACCUCUUUAGUAAAGCCAACUAAACCUUCACGAAGUAGUGGGGUAACUUUCAACUUACGGAGUGUGUGUGUGUGUGUGUGUGUGUGUGUGUGUGUAUUACCUGCAAUGUUGCUUGGAUAUGGUGAAAAGAUCCAAUCUACAGUUUCUAUGAGGAAAUGAAGAUGUUAUAAAAACUUAAUGAGACUAGAUUGUGUUAAGUGAAAUCAAGAUCUUGGGUGCAAGCAUAGACUGACAUUUUCUUCAAUCUGAAGAAGCAUUCUGGUGAACACAGAUACUUGCUUAUUUGCUUCAAGAUGUUUUAUUUGAAACUGAUUUUGUCUCAGCAAAGUUUCUCUUCAAAACCAGAACAGGGUUUCCAUGAUUUGGGCUUAACUGAAUCGAUGCUGGUUGAAAAGACAUUGCUGUCCAGUUCAGAUGGGUCAGUGGUCAUGGCAAGCAUUUUACAUUUGCUUCUUGGAAUAUAGAAAUGUUAAUUUCUUUUAUCAAAUAUAUUUUGUCCCCUAAUGAAACUUCUUUGGCAUGUCUCACAGCCACCUGGACCAAAUUAAAUGUGCCCUUUCAUUUAACGUGCAUGUUUUAAAAAAUAUGAAUGGCAGGAGCUGGGCUGGGCUGGGGGAUGAUAACUAUCAGGACUGCAAUUGAUAGGUAGGGGAGAAAAACCUGAUGAAAAUUGCUCUUUGAAGUAUCUGUUUUCACAGCAAAUGUAAAUUUCCUCCUAAUGCAAACAGCAGCCCAUCAGGACUACAGCAGGGGAGGAGAGUGUUAAAAUCUACCUCCUUAUCUGUUGUGGAUCUUAUUACUUUUAGCACCCUAACGGUUUUAAAAUAUAGGCACAGUAAAUGUAAAGAUUCGCUUAACUAGUAGUGGCUAGGGUGGUGCUGCAGAACCACCCUCCUAACAUUGCCAUUACUGCCAUUUAUUUGGAUGAUGCAGGGAGGCAGGGGACAAGGUGUCAGGGCUGUGUUGGCACUGAUGGAGUAAAUCCUGCACUCCUGCAAAUGUGCCCACAAAGCUCCGAAUGUCACCACUACCCUGCCCCACCAGUGACACUAGGGUCAGGAGGCCAACAAUGCUCCCUGCUCUGAGGACCGAUUCUGCAUUUAAUAUCAUAUAGAUAGAAAUAUAUAGGUAAAGGAACCCUGCCAGUUAAGUCCAGUCACGAAUGACUCUGGGGUUGCGGCGCUCAUCUCGCUUUGCUUGCCGAGGGAGACGACGUUUGUCCGCAGACAGUUUUUCUGGGUCAUGUGGCCAGCAUGACUAAGCCACUUCUGGCGAAACCAGAACACAUGGAAAUGCCACUUACCUUCCUGCCGGAGCGGUAUCUACUUGCACUUUGAUGUGCUUUUGAAUUGCUAGGUUGGCAGGAUCUGCGACCGAGCAAUGGGAGCUCACCCAUUGGCAGAGCUUUAUGCUCUGGCACCGGGAGACAGAGAGCAGGCGGAGGCAGGGCGUGCGGCCACAGGGGCGUGGUGCCCAGCAUGGGAGGGGGGCAGCCACAACAGCACCCUACCGGGAUUGCGCUGCCAAGGGCAGGGUACUCCCCCCGCACUCCUCUUCCUCCACCAGUGAGCUCACCCCGUCGCGGGGAUUCAAAUCGCGACCUUCCGAUUGGCAAGCCCUAGGCUCAGUGGUUUAGACCACAGCGCAACCCGUGUCCCCUAAUAUCAUAUAUAGUUUGGCCCUGAGCCUAGGACUUGCUGAUCAGAAGGUCGGCGGUAUGAAUCCCCGCGACGGGGUGAGCUCCCGUUGCUCGGUCCCUGCUCCUGCCCACCUAGCAGUUCGAAAGCACAUCAAAGUGCAAGUAGAUAAAUAGGUAAAGGUAAGGCGGGAAGGUAAACGGCGUUUCCAUGUGCUGCUCUGUUCGCCAGAAGCGGCUUACUCAUGCUGGUCACAUGACCUGGAAGCUCCCUCAACCAAUAAAGUGAGAUGAGCGCUGCAACCCCAGAGUCGUCCACGACUGGACCUAAUGGUCAGGGGUCCCUUUACCUUUACUAUUUUGCACUUUGGACAUCUAGAAGGAACAGGAUGAUUUGGGUGAAUCCUUUUAAGAAACUUGCAUCAGCAUAAGGAAGUAGAUGGAAUAUAUUUUAGGGCUCAUGAUUCGAAGAGCAUAUAGAAAUACUUUAUUUUUUAAUUUCAAACAAGUAUGAUUUCUUUUGUCCUAGGAGUUGAGUGGGGAUUAGUCUUUCCUGAUGCUAAUGGAGAAUAUCAGUCUCCUAUUAACCUGAAUUCAAGAGAAGCAAAAUUUGACCCCUUGCUGUUGGAAGUAUGUUUAUCACCAAACUAUGUUGUGUGCCGUGACUGUGAGGUCAUCAAUGAUGGACACUCAGUUCAGAUCCUCUUAAAGUCCAAAUCAGGUAUGCUUUCCUAUUCUUUAUUGUUUGCUUUGGGAUAUGUCCAAACCAUCAUUGCUGUCACUUAUCAAUUAUGCUAUCCUUAUCAACAACAAAAAGCAGACAGUUUCAUACACAUUAGCUCAAUAUUCUCAACAGCACCCUGUAAGGUCGGUAUUAUUAUCCCCAUAUUACAGGUGUGAAGACUGAGGCUGAGAAUGGCUUGCCUAAGGCCACCUAGCAAGUCUACAGCUGAGGUGAGCAUUGAACAAGGGACUGACUGACAUGCUUCACACUCUUAGCUACUUCAGACACAGGCUCCCGUUUCAUUUCAUUUUUUCCCUUCAUUGUGAAAGUCAUAAACCCCUGACAUACCCUUCUUUUUUCUUUAUUGAAAAACUCUCAGAGAAAACUCUGUGGAUGCUUGUUUGUAACAUAAAAAUAGUAGUUACAAGUCAUAAGACUGCAAAGAAGGUCCCAGAAGCGUUCAAGCAAGGAGUGCAAUGCUUCAAGCAUAUGUGUUUUCAGCCACUUUCUGGCUGCCUUCCUCUGGUUCAGACACAUAAAAUAGGGAGAAAUAAUGCUAGAAUUGGCUUCUAACCAACAGAAUUGUAAUAAUCUGUAACAGUGAUGGAAACUGGCUUGGCAAAAAUGGGCAACACUUAAGAUGCCCUCUCCAUGUUCUUGGGUCUUCGCGAGCAUGUCCCAUUCCCAAAUUUAAAAUUGUCUCUAUGGUGUUUUUUUUUACUUCUAUUAAAAAGAAAAUCCCCCAACUUGCCACUAUAUGCUGACAUAAGACACCAGCAUCAAGAGUUAGCAAUAGGAAGAAAGCCUUUUAUUUAUCAUAUUCUUGGCAGUCUCUAAAUGCUACGAAACAGCUGGGAGACCACAAGGAAAGUUCUCACUGUGUCUCUAGCUGGCUGGUCAGCAGGAAAUAUUUGUCAAUGGACCCGUACUGGAUGCUUGCAACUCUUAGGUUGGGAAGAACACAGGAAGGUGGCUCAGUCCUUUGGUCUAUCCAGCUCAGUAUUGUCUGCACUUACCAGAAGCAGUUAUCCAGAUUUUCAGGCAGGGGGCAUUCAAGGAUUGAACCCAAUACCUUCUGCAUAGCUCUACCUACUGCUGAGCUAUGGCCCUUGCCCACCUGCAGUCCCUACCUGCAGGCUCACAAUUGAAUAGACUUGAUACCAAGGGGAAAAGGAAUGGGAGGGAAGAGGAAAACCUUUGGCGCAGCUGCUCCUUCAGUGGCCAAUGGAUAAAGCCAGUUCAGUCUCUCUUCCCCUUGCCAAUUUUCUUCCUGAGAGGCAGAGGGUGCUGAUGUUACAAGAGCCCUUUAUCCCACAGUUGAAAGCCUUUCCCUUCCUGCUAUUGCUGGUGGGGGUAUUUGAGGGAGGCUCCCUUUCUGCUGCUCUUCUUAGAGCCACUUAAAAUAUUCUGCAGAAGUGACAGGAGAGGAAGUACAAUUGACUUGUGCUUCAUCUGCCUGCACUUGCAGGCCAUGUCCAAAUUGGAGAAAAGCAUCUAACUUGUAUGGGAAAAUAUCUUCAAAUUCAGGGCAGAAUGCACAUUCUCAGGGAUGCGCAUAGAUAUUCCCCCAGCAAUAUUAUCUGGAAGCAUAGCAGAUCCUCCUUCUCUUACCUUAUGUAGAAAAUGUCUAAAAUGGUCCAUGGUAUUUCAAUAUAAGGAAGAGGGCUUUAAAAAUCACUAACUUUUUCACUGCUGCUAGUAUCUCAUGGGAAAAAACCUAACAUUUCAAACACAUUCCCCACUGAAAAUGUCCUUACUGCACCUCUAGAACUGAUCAUUCAUGUACAAUAUAUAUCUACUUUUUCAGCAGAGAGCAAACCAUGAAUAGAUAAUAUAGGUAGUUCACUUUUAAUAGCGAAAGAGAUGUGUUAUAUGGUUAAAGGUGGAAAUGUGCAUAUUUUGUCAAUAUAUUCUAUGCAUGUUCUGGAGGAGUAGCCUUAUUACAAUGAAGGAGAUGAGGAGUUUUAUAGCACCUAAAAGACUAUCUGAUUUGCUGCAACAUAAGUAUUUGACAAUGAAAGCCGGUAUUCAGCAGUUCCUGCUGCAAUAAACGAGUUAGUCUUUGAGGUGCUAUAGAACUUCCCUUACCAGUUUGGAACUUUGCAUUCAGUUUUCAAAGGGAGAAAAACUAUGAAGAGGAAGCUGACUGUCAGCCUUAAAGGUAGCAGUUUUAUAUGCAGGAUCCAAGACAGUCUCGUGUUUUGCCACAGACUCUGCCAGUUUCCGUAACCAGGGGAACACAGGAUCACUAAUUGCUCAUGUAAUGGCUUUUCUAUAGACCAUCCUCUGAGUCCCAGCUCUGAAUCUACCAGAAGCCGUCCUGGAAGAAGUGCUUCUAACAUGGGACUCAUAAAAUACCCAUUAGAAUUGAGAGAAGUUCUUCAUAGCCCUAUCCCUACUGAGUCUACAGGCAUGUGGAAAAAUAAUGUCUUUUGAAAAGUCAGCCUUGGGAGAUCUUUCUUACUUUCUCUGCUCUGAAAGGACUGAAUCAACUCUCUGCAGAACGUCAUGGUUACUUUUCUAUUAUCAUCCAUUCGUAUCCCUUCCUUCUGCAUAUCUCAUUACAAUCUGUGUCAGUCAAACCUGGGUCACUUUGGUGCUUUUAUGUAGACAUGUAAAGAAACCCACAGUGUUCUUGGCAAUAUUCCAAAUAUAUAAUGCUGUGAUUUGUAGAUCCAGGCCAUAUCACUGUAGAUCAUUCACUCAGUUUUCUAGUUCUCGUAGAAAUUAUAUGCAGAUAUAUAUUUUGAUUUUCUUGCUCUGGGUUCUGACAUUUGGAUAUCCUGGGUUUGUGAAAGAUUAGCAAGUUUAUACUUCUUUUUAAAAGCGAGGCCAUAGAAUAAUAGAUAGUUUAUUUCAUGCAUAAGAUGAUAUUGCUGAGGAUUCAAGCUUAUCUUAUCUAUCUAUGUCUGUCAGUUAGGGCAAGCUGUUAGUUUGUUAGCCGUUAUGGGCCCAAUUCAGAUGAGCAUGGAUGCAGCACCCAUGUUCAGAGGGACCCUGCCAGGCUCAAUAGACACAUGUUUUCUCCCGACAUGCUGGAUGGGGAAAACAGGGCUCCAUUAAUCUCUUUAAUGCAUACAGGUGCUGUGCCUGCACUUGACUAGACUGGGCCCAAAUAUGACUCAAAUGGUUGAGAAUUUGUUUUGUUUUUUCAUGUUCAGCUUCCUCACAACAAACGUAAGUUACAUAGUAUGCACAGAACUCCAUCAGCUAGUAAAGAUGCAGGCCUGAUGUAUGGAUAUGUACACAUUCACGCCUAGAAGGGAUAAAUACAGACAAGCAAAUUUAUCUUCAUGAAAACUGCUCUGCCUCAUCAAAUUAAGAACGCAACAAGAAGUGUGCAGCCAUGGAGCACAGUUUGUCACAUGUGACCUCUCUCUCAUUCUCACUAACUAUUGUUCUGUUGGCUGAGAAAAUCUUCAGAAAACGGCAGGCUAUUUAUGUCACCUGCUAUUAUUUGUGUUCUUUUGCAGCGUUAGCAGGAGGACCCUUGCCUCGGGGGCAUGAAUUUGAACUGCACGAUGUCCGGUUUCAUUGGGGGAGAGAAAAUCAGCGUGGCUCUGAACACACUGUUAAUUUCAAAGCUUUCCCCAUGGAGGUAAGAGUGGUCUUGCCCUUAUCUAGCCUUACACUUUUCCUUUGAAUUUGAAACCAAUGUCUUAAAAACCUGUUGGUUUGAUUUUAACCCUGCAGCUUAUUGAUUUAUAGUCACUUUUAAAGGCUGUCAUCUUAAGUAUGCAUUGGGAACUUAUAAUUAACAUGUAUAGCAUUGUGCCUCUGGUGCAAAUUCUACUGCAUGAUUAAUCGGUCAUAAAGUUAACCUUCAGCACUAUUAACUUCUGCAUUAAUAAUAUUCUAACAACCUCUGCUAAACUUAGCAUUUCCUUGACUACUAGCUGGAACAUGGGCAGAGGCACACCUGGCUUCCUGUUUUUUUAUGGACAAAUAAACGUAAACCAAGCCAAAGUCAUCAAUGGAUUUGUUCGUAAACAGUUUUCACUACUUAAAAGGAAGGUCUUGAAUGGUACUGAUCCACAGUGGGUUUCCAGUUUUUAGUGAAAUGCAACUUUUAAAAACAGGUAUAGGGUUACUGCAGUCCGCAAUGUGAGCUAUGUGCGGUAGUCCAACUCCAUGCUUGUAUUUACGGUGCUAGUUGGUGAUAUUCAAGUGUUUCCUCAUGCUAUGCAGUUAAUCUUUUUAUAUUAUAAAAGCUCUUUCAGUGCAUAUUUGUUUGGCUUUAAAUAUUUUCAUGCUAUUUAUCUUAAUCCCCUUAGAAGCUUGAAAACAAAUUUCCUUGCCAUUUUAAUUCUUUGUGGGAUUUGUUACGAAGCACUGAGCUGCUGCGAUAAAGGCUUGUUUUUAAGUACUAUGCCAAAAGGAUUUUGGGCCCACUUCAGACAUUAGCUCUGCUCUGUCACUAAAAGGGAAACAUUAAAACAGUUGAAAAUCUGCACAAAACCUUGAGCAGUUAAUUGAGAAAAUUAAAAGUGGGAAGGGCCAGUUCUGUUCCUUUAGAACGUCAGGAAUUUCAUCAUCAUUUGUUCUGAAAAUGAGCAUAAAUCACAGUGCAGAGGUCUACUCAGGUGUAAAUCCCAUUGAGAUCUAGGUAAGUGUGCCUACUCAGAAGAAAGUCUUAUUGAAUUCAGUGGUGCUUACUUCCAAGUAUGUGGUGUUAAGAUCACAUCCUUGAUGUAUGAUGUAUGAAGGUGGAGUAGCACAAUUGGCUUUGGAUCUCUGCAACCUAUAUACACAGAUGAAAUUGCAUGUUAUCAUCCCCCACCUCUGGGUGUAUACCUAGGUACCUAGGGAUGCGAAUGGGAUCCGUUCCGGAGCCCCGUUCGCAUCCUGAAGCGAACGCAACCUGUGUCUGUGCGUGCGCGGGUCGCGUUUCGCUGCUUCCGUGCAUGCGUGUGACGUCAUUUUGACCGUCUGCGCAUGCAUGCAAGGUGAAACCCAGAAGUAACGCGCUUCGUUACUUCUGGGUCACCGCGGAGCGCAACCCGAAAAUACUUAACUUGAAGCACAUUUAUCCUGAGGUAUGACUGUACUCUUAAUAUACAUGUAGGUGUGUACUCACUAAUUUCAUAACUUGUGGACCUCAGGUCUUCAUGUAUCUCUGUCUCCUCUAGUUGUACAAAAAUUAAAAAGAACAUUAGCUUAAUUUACAGAGUUAUAGUCCCUAAAAUUCCUAGCUAAUAUAGCAUAAUGUUAAAAUACAUUUCUAAAAUACUUUUUUUGAGGGGCCUUUGAAACCUGGAAUAUAUUUUAAAGAUUGACAAUGAAUAAUCUGGAUAAAGUUUUAAGGAGAAAGCUAAUCAUGUGGUACAAAAAGAGAUUUAGCUAAAUCUGUGAACAGCUUUAAGACGGGAACCACAGGCUUUAGCUACUGAAUGAUGUUAGAUAUCUAAAUCUACUGAAGCCAAUGGAGCAAAUGACAAAAGAUUCUAGCUUUGCAUAUUCACUUGCUUUUUCAUUUUAGUUUCUGCCAGAAAGCUGCAGAAUACAAAAAAAUAUAUCCAUAUAGAAACAUUGAGAAGAAUGUAUUAUUAUUUUUUCCAAAACUUGGAGAAGCUCAGUACUGCCAAGUUCCAUGUUAUUUUUCAUUUUUUAAAUGAGAAUAAAACAACAUCCUGUAUCUUUAAGUGAAACAAUGUAAUUUCAUUCUUCCUGCAUAUCUGGGAAACUGGUACUCAAGGUUAGGACUUUUUGGUUCAUGGCUUAACAGAUCAGCUAACUAGAGAUUUCCAGUAUGACCUCUGGAAACUGACAUGCUCAAAAUUAAUUAUUGCGUUGUCUAUUGUCCAACUCUCCUUAUGAAAUUCAGAAGUUGUUCUUGGUUGUAUUUGUUAACCUUCAGUAAAAUCUUCACAAAAAUGCUCUGGACAGCUGCAGCCAGGCAUGGUAGACCAGGGGUAGGCUGAAGGUAGAUUGGAAUCUCCUGGUAGACCUCUGGAUCAUAGAAUCAUAGAAUCAUAGAGUUGGAAGAGACCACAAGGGCCAUCGAGUCCAACCCCCUGCCAAGCAGGAAACACCAUCAGAGCACUCCUGACAUAUGGUUGUCAAGCCUCUGCUUAAAGACCUCCAAAGAAGGAGACUCCACCACACUCCUUGGCAGCAAAUUCCACUGUCGAACAGCUCUUACUGUCAGGAAGUUCUUCCUGAUAUUUAGGUGGAAUCUUCUUUCUUGUAGUUUGGAUCCAUUGCUCCGUGUCCGCUUCUCUGGAGCAGCAGAAAACAACCUUUCUCCCUCCUCUAUGUGACACCCUUUUAUAUAUUUGAACAUGGCUAUCAUAUCACCCCUUAACCUCCUCUUCUCCAGGCUAAACAUGCCCAGCUCCCUUAGCCGUUCCUCAUAAGGCAUCGUUUCCAGGCCUUUGACCAUUUUGGUUGCCCUCCUCUGGACACGUUCCAGUUUGUCAGUGUCCUUCUUGAACUGUGGUGCCCAGAACUGGACAUAGUACUCCAGGUGAGGUCUGACCAGAGCAGAAUACAGUGGCACUAUUACUUCCCUUGAUCUAGAUGCUAUACUCCUAUUGAUGCAGCCCAGAAUUGCAUUGGCUUUUUUAGCUGCCGUGUCACACUGUUGGCUCAUGUCAAGUUUGUGGUCAACCAAGACUCCUAGAUCCUUUUCACAUGUACUGCUCUCAAGCCAGGUGUCACCCAUCUUGUAUUUGUGCCUCUCAUUUUUUUUUGCCCAAGUGCAAUACUUUACAUUUCUCCUGUUAAAAUUCAUCUUGUUUGUUUUGGCCCAGUUCUCUAAUCUGUCAAGGUCGUUUUGAAGUGUGAUCCUGUCCUCUGGGGUGUUAGCCACCCCUCCCAGCUUGGUGUCAUCUGCAAAUUUGAUCAGGAUGCCCUUGAGUCCAUCAUCCAAGUCGUUGAUAAAGAUGUUGAAUAAGACCGGGCCCAAGACAGAACCCUGCGGCACCCCACUAGUCACUCUUCUCUAGGAUGAAGAGGAACCAUUGAUGAGCACUCUUUGGGCUCGGUCAGUCAGCCAGUUACAAAUCCACUGAGUGGUAGCAUAGUCAAGACCGCAUUUUACCAGCUUCUUUACAAGAAUAUCAUGGGGCACCUUGUCAAAUGCCUUGCUGAAAUCAAGGUAGGCUACAUCCACUGCGUUCCCUUCAUCUACCAGGCUUGUAAUUCUGUCAAAAACGAGAUCAGGUUAGUCUGACAUGACUUAUUUUUCAGAAAUCCAUGCUGACUAUUGGUGAUCACAGCAUUCCUUUCUAGGUGCUCACAGACUGUUUGCUUAAUGAUCUGCUCCAGAAUCUUCUCUGGUAUUGAUGUCAGACUGACUGGGCGGUAAUUAUUUGGGUCCUCUCUUUCCCCCUUUUUGAAAAUAGGGACAACAUUUGCCCUCCUCCAGUCGGCUGGGACUUCGCCUGUUCUCCAGGAAUUCUCAAAGAUGACUGCCAGUGGUUCUGAGAUCAUAUCUGCCAGUUCUUUUAAUACUCUUGGAUGCAGUUCAUCUGGCCCUGGAGACUUGAAUACACUUGGAUGACUUGCAGUAGAUAGUCAAGGGUAUCUGCUUCCCAGUUGCUUACUCAUAGCCACAACUAAAAAAGCUCAGCCCUCUCCCACAAAAAUUAGCAUGCUGAGAAAGAAUGCUUUACUCCUUUGCCCCACCAUGGUCCCAAUCAAAACUAGGACCCCCAGUGCCUGCUAGUCGCUCCAGGAGGAAAGCUUCCAUUCAAUGAAAGCUUCCCACCUGGAAAAAUAGCAAAAGCUUGGUGUCCAAAUUCAGAUUAGAACUGGGUGGGGGGCAAAGGGUUAAAGCUCCCCUCCUUCCCAGGCCAUUGUCCCUUUCCCAUCCCACCCUCCACCCCUGUUGAAAGGUAUUUUUAGAGUCACUAAUGUAAGGGCUCACGACACACUUAAUACCCCAUCUUGUUUGACCCUUAGAGCAGGCACAGAAAACAGAGCAACAGCAGAUGUUUCACAGUCUUCCGUUCACAGUUGUUAAAUGCAUUCAAUGUUUUCCUAGUAGCAGAUUGUAGAGAAUGGUAAAUUUGUAUGCUUUAUAAAAUUGAAGUCUUAUCCUUAACCUUCUGUCACAGAAUGAAAAGUCUGUGUGUGUGUGGGAAGCAGUUGAUACCACCUUUAAAUACAAAGAAGAGGCAUGAGAGCAUAGCAGUUAUUUUAUUAUCUGUUGAUAAGGUCUUCAGAAUAUUGGGUUUGUUUGAUCAGGUUUUAUUUGAUGCAAGUGGUACAUUCGCAGGGCCUGAGAUGGACUUUGGUUUCAGGUAAUUGAGUAAUGAGGGUACUGAAUACAGCAGCUGCUAAUUAACUAAGACAUAUUAACGACACAUAUUACUUGCAGAUAGAACACUUAACAACUUGGCGCUGCACUGCUGUCAGGGGCUGACCUGGGGCAUGUUCAAAAACUGGUCUCCUUUCCUGGGAAAUGUUGCAGGAAAAGCUAGGGUGGCCUCAAAAGCUAAGUCAUCAUCCAAAGAAGAGGACAAGGAGUAUACAGAUAUGUAUAACAUGCAUAUAUAUAUAUAUAUAUAUGCUAAUUUAUAUGCAUCGAUGCUAAUUUAAAAUACUUCAAAUAAUAUUUUAAAUAGCAAUAUAAUAGCAUAGUGAAAAAGGCCAUGAAUUAGGAACCCAUCUGCACUAUACAUUUAAAGCAGUAUUAUACCACUCAAAGCAGUAUUGAACCCUAUGGAAGUAAGCAGAUCACAGAAGAGCUGAAAGUGAAAAGACGUAUCAUUUUAAGGCUCCAGGUUCUCCAUAUUUUCCAGAGCUAUUUCUUUGCAUAGAUAUAGACAGAUGCUGCAAACCUACAGAGGCACACAGAACAAACAACAGAUCCUUCUAACUGAUCUACGGCUACUUUUGAAACAAUAACAUUAGAAUUUCGAUCGGGAGUGGUGUGUUUUUCUUCCGAUCUGUUCUGCACAUAAAAUUUAAGACGAGAGAGUAAGAGUGAUGCAAUUUAAAUCUAACAACAAUAUUGCCACAGCUAGGCUGCUGAAAUAGUACAGGGAACUGCAGAGCAGAGAUUUAUGGUGGUACCCUCACUGCCCCUCUUUCCCCUCUUCUCAACUUUUUGUGGCACCUCGGAUUUCUAAGCAAAACCAGAAUAAAAGGGUUUGUGUGGAGGGAUUAAAAGGGGUUUGUGGAUGAAUGAGUCAUCUAUCCUUCCUUCCUCCAAGUCAGGGCAGCAGGGCAACGGGGAUACGUGAAUGCAGCUAGUGAAGUGUGCAGCCUGGCAUGAAAGCAUAACCUCUCUGUGCUGCACAUUCAAAGAGGAAGCCUUCGGAGGUUGGCUGCCCUUCCAGAGGGACUGAUUGUUAGGAGUAGGCUUCGAAUCCUAUCGCCAUGCUCAGUGUUAUUCCUCUUACAUUAGCCGAGGCAGCAAUGGGUCUGAAGAUAAAGAAAGCAGUGGUGUGUAGCUUCUCAUAAGAAGCCACACGGCUUCUGAUUGCCUUCCAGAAGUGGAUAAGGUGACAUGAGACGUUUCAUGCUUUGCUGAAAAUUAACAGUGUGCUACAAAAGUAGCCGGAACAGAUCUACCUCAGGGUGCUUUAUUCAUUAGACCAUGUUGCCUAAGUCAAAAGCACUGUCUCUAAUCUCAUAUUCAUGAAAAAUAAAAUUUCCUCAUGCCACAUAGUAUGCUAGGCUGAAAAUUCAUUUCCAGCAUUACAUGGCAGUCCCAUUAGGUGUGUGCUGUACAAAUUAAGCUGAUCCACCCUCAGGAAAUGGGAGCUGAGGAAAGGAAACAGAUCUUAGGUAGUGACAAAGACCCGAGACUCUGGAAACCUGUUCCCUGACAAGGUGUCUAGCCUGGACUAGCCUGGACUAGCAUAAAACAGCUUACCAUAUUAAAUCUCUGCCCUUGUGGGAAGUUCUUCUGAUAAUGCCAUACUACUUAAAAAAAAUAUUUAUUCUGUUUGGUUUGAGAUGAGGUUACUAACAUGUACACUCUUUGAUUAAAGUAAAGAUAUCCCACUUCUACUUUAUCUUCCACAAUUGUUUCCCUGCACCAGAACUUUUGUUGUUGCUGUUGCAGUUGUUAACAUUGUACAUAGAACUUUUCCUGAAAUGUUAAGAAGAGUGAAUAGAUCAGGUCAGUUUAUUUCUUGAAAUAUUUUGAAUUUCAGGCAAGCAUUCUGUCUGACCAUUUGCUCCAAAUUCACAACAAAUCUUAACUUCAUUGCCUGUAAAACUGUUGCAGCUGCUCUGUGGAUAGGAAUGGUGUAAAAUCUGUGUUCUGUGUGGUGCUUAAUGCCCCAUUCAAUUAAGCACGAAAUAAUUCCAGUGGUCUCUGAGAUUUCCAUAUCAUUAACUAUUCAUCGUUUCCCCAAAACCAAUGUUCUGAACAAACACUGAUUUGGCACUAUCCUAUCAACAAAUCCAUUCUCUCAAACUGGCCGUUUUUCCUAUUCAGAGCUUUCCUGCUUUUGCCCACUUUAUCAUUCCAGACAUAUAAUCAGCUUCAUCUCACCGAGUUGCUGCUAUGUUUACUGCAAUAACAUUUCACUGUUAGUUUGAGGCUUGUCUAUUGUAUUUGCUUGCUAUCUCUCAUUUCAAGUUGUAAGCUCACUCAUGCCUGGCAUUUCUGGGUGUGCGCUGCUAUCUUUCAUAAUUUGGCAUGUCAUGGGCUUAGAUCAUUAUACACGGCUGGGCCUACUUGUCAAGGGGAUUUACUCCCGGGUAAGUGGGAUGCGGGUGGCGCUGUGGUCUAAACCACAGAGCCUAGGGCUUGCUGAUCAGAAGGUCGUCGGUUUGAAUCCCCACGACAGCGUGAGCUCCCGUUGCUCGGUGCCUGCUCCUGCCUACCUAGCAGUUCAAAAGCGCAUCAAAGUGCAAGUAGAUAAAUAGGUACCGUUCUGGCAGGAAGGUAAACGGCGUUUCCGUGCGCUGCUCUGGUUUCGCCAGAAGCGGCUUAUGUUGGGAUACUGCCAGGGAGACAAAGUCCAUCAUGCCCCCACGCCGAUGCCGGACGAUCCAUCAAUCUCCCGUAGAUACGCAGUAUCAGUCAAUUAGCGACACAAGGCCUCAGAAAUAGCUUGCCACAUUCCAGAGCUCAUGCACGCUCUAUCAGCAGAGUUCGCACAACAAAAGAUGCACUCAGGAGAGCAUAUUUACAAGUUUAUUCAGCGUUGGUCAGAACAAAGAAAAAAAAAUGACUGCCUGCUUCGAUGUCUCAGGCACAGAGAGAGAAACGAAAGCAAUAGACAAACAGAAACUUCCUGUAAGCAGGAAAUACGUAGGCUGUGACUCACAACAGCCUGUCCCCUUUUUAAGGUGGAACGGAAAUAUCCUAACAUCCUCCCCCUUUCCGUGCAACCUGUAGUACCUGUGGUUCAACCCAAUUGCAACCUCUGUACAUAAACCUUAAGUUGUUCUCUGUUAACAACCUUAGACAACAGAUCAGCAGGAAUUUCAUUUCCUGGCAUGUAGGACACCUGAAUGAGUCCUUUCUGAAUACACUCUCUUGCACGAUGUAGCUUAAUCUGCAAGUACUUGGUCCUUUGCUUGCAACUCUCUGAGUUCAGCAAAGCCAAACAGGAUCUAUUGUCUUGAUACACUUGUAUAGGACAUUUCACAGACACUCUGAUGUCCUUAAACAGUUGCAUCAACCAUUCACAAUCCAUGAGUGAAAAUGACAGAGCAUUGAGUUCUGCUUCACAGGAACUUAGGCUUACUGUCAUCUGCUUCUUGCACAGCCAGUCAAACAGACAGUGGUUGUACAUGUAGCAUACUCCAGAAGUGCUUGUACCAUCCGUGGUGUCACUUCCAAAACUAGCAUCUGCAAAGAUUUCAAGACCUCCAGUCUUCUGACUGGUGAACCUCAGCCUGUAGUGCAAAAGUCCUUUUCAAAUAGCGGGCUAUGCGCUUCAGAGCUUUCCAAUCCUGAACAGUAGGAUUGUUGGCAUGUCUGCUAAGCAGGUUAGUGCUUACAGCUAUGUCAGGUCUUGAACAUCUAGCAAUGAAAUUCAGCUUGCCUAGAAUGCAUCUGUACAGCGUAGUGUCAGAAAACGCUUCAGCAGUACUAUCUACCUGGUAACCUGUCACCAUUGGUGUGUCUGCUGGGUUUGAUUCAACCAAAUUCAACCUGGUUAAUACAUCAGCAAUUUUCUGUGUUUGGUGUACCAGAAAAUUACCUGCUUGGUCCCUCUCCACCUGCAGAGAAAGAUAGUUGGAUACCUCACCAAGAUCCUUCAUGUCAAAGUGCUCCUUCAGCUGAGCUAGGGUGCUUUGGUACAAAGCCUGAUUCUUCCAAAACAUCAGAAGAUCAUCAACAAAACAUAAACAAUACAGUUUGUUUUGCCCCUCCUCCUUGACAAACACACACGGAUCAGCCUUGCCCUGGUGAAAACCUAGAGAAAGCAAUGUCUCAGUGAGUUUUGUGUUCCAACACCUGGCACUCUGCUUGAGACCAUAUAAGGAUUUCCGAAGUUUACAGACCAUUCCCUUCUGUAUCUGCAUCCCGUCAGGUGGAAGCAUAUACAGCUCCUCCCCCAAAACCCCGUACAAAAAAGCUGUAUUAAUGUCAUGAUGGGAAACAUGCAGUUUCUCCUCUGCAGCAAUCUUGAGCAUCAGCCGAAUGCUCUCAUACUUGACGGUGGGUGAGUAGGUCUCGUGGUAAUCCUGUCCUGGUACCUGUGAAAAACCUCUGGCAACCAAUCUGGCUUUGUGUCUGACAAUCUUGCCAUUCUGGUCUGUCUUGGCCUUGAAGACCCAUUUGCUGCCAACCAGUCUCAUUCCUGGGACUACCGGUACCAGCUCCCAAGUUUGGUUCCUGUUCAAGGAAUCAACUUCAGCCUUCAUGGCAUUAAUUCAAGGCUCAGCAUCUUUAGAGGUUAACUCCUGAACCUCUUUGAAGCUUGAAGGUUCCCAUACCUUCUCUGAGCUACUAAGAACAGCAGUUGCUGUCUUAGCAAACUCAUCAGCAAAUCUCUUUGGAGCUUUGCCUUUCGUGGCCCUUUCAGAUCUGCGUACUAUACGCAAGUCUUCUGCACUCAUCUCCUCCUUCUUUGGAGAAAAAUGACCAAUGGUGAACAGUGGUUCUUCCAGUUCAUUGUCAGACGCAUCAGAUGGUCUGACUGAGGCCUUUGCGCUCUUGUAGUCUGCUGUGUCAUCACUGUCGCUGACAUCAGCAGCAGCGCCGCCCUUUUGGAGCAACCUUCACCUUGUUCUCUGCACAAGAUACACAUUUCAUGUGAUACUUACAGGGCUUGAUGUUCAAACCCUGAACCAACUCAGGCAUCUUGGCCAGUGCCUGCCAAGACAUGUGAGCAAACCUUCUGUGUGCCUCGUGAAUGCAUCCUGCAUGAAGAACUUUGUUAGUCUGUGCAACACAACAAGAGUCAACAUUAGACACAGCAACAGCAUUGUCAUCAUAAGUUAUACUGAACAAGCCAUCUAUAAACUUUGCAUGCAAAAUGUCCUCUUUGCCUUUCCUGAUGACACAGACGCUCCUCUUGAAGGAAAUCUCAAAGCCACGCCCAGUCAGCUGUGGGACACUGAGCAAAUUGUCUGCAGCACCUGGAACAUAAAGUACAUCUUUGAUGGUUGUGUGCAGACUUGCCAGUUUUACAGUCCCUUCUGCGAUUCGCAACGUCUUUCCAUCAGCCUGGUGGAUCUCUCCAUCUUGAGGUGUGAAGGAGAUAAAAAGGUGCCGAUCCUUUGUUAGAUGGCGGGUGGCUCCAGAGUCAAUAAUAAAUCUGGCCUUGGCCUUUGGAGCAGCUUUUCCAGCAAGCAAAACCUUGUUUUCCACCGGCGUGGGCUUUUGCUGCUUGCCCCCCUGCUCCUGGCCAUCAAACUUGCCUUUAGCCUUUGGUGAAGCUGUGCCAGCAAACAAAGCCUUGUUUUCCACUGGCUUGGGCUUUUCACCCCCCUUCUGCUUCGGGCCAUCUGCAGGCAUCUGUCUCUGUUUACUUCUGGCCUUCCGGCCUCUGCAAAGACGAUGACCUUGGUUCUCAUGGGAAUCAGAGCUCUCAGCUGCCGACUCCUUGGCUCCCCCGGAGGCUGGAAUGCUGCCUGGGAUGACAUCACAGUCAGCUCCCCCUGCAGCUUGCAACCGGUGCCCUCGGCAUCCCUGCAUUCACUCGCAUUCUGGGAAACAGCCAGGACCUCCGAUGCAGUCAAACUCUGGGCUGGGAUUACCGGCAGAUGAGCUACUUUCAAAGCAUUCCACAUCUGAUGUGCAGUCGUGUUGCCAGCUAGCGUAGCAAUUUCCUCCAGAGAGACGGACAAGACAAUUACGUCUAUGGCCCUUGAAUCUUGGGCCCUCCAUCUAUCUGUCAGAGGAACUGGAGGGGCUUCACACACAGUAUGCCACACUCCAAACUAUCGUAGUAAACUCUCACACCACACAGCCCAGGUCUCAUAAUUGUGCCGAUUUAACUUUGGGCACUCAGUGCCUUCAGAGGCUUGGAAAAACUCCAUUCCAGGCUUUUAUUUGAGCCGUGAGCCUUUAUGCCUUCAAAAACUUCUUAUCUCGGCAGCUCAUUAAUCACAAAGCCUCUGGCGCGGCUCCCAGGCCAAUUAAGCCAGCCGGACAUCAAAGGCUCUGUGCCGCGGCAACAGAAAAGCCUUACUUUCGCUUUUCCCCACACAUACCUCACAGCAGUCUUUUGCAGUCUUACUCUCCUGUAAGUGCCAUGAAUCUGGGCCCAUAACCUGUUGUUGGGAUACUGCCAGGGAGACAAAGUCCAUCAUGCCCCCACGCCGAUGCCGGACGAUCCAUCGAUCUCCCGUACAUACGCAGUAUCAGUCAAUUAGUGACACGAAGCCUCGGAAAUAGCUUUCCACAUUCCAGAGCUCGUGCACGCUCUAUCAGCAGAGUUCGCACAAUGAAAGAUGCACUCAGGAGGACUUCCGAGGUGGCGCCAUCGGCAAUGGCGGACUCCCUCUGAUCUGGAGGGACUAGCUCCACGCGAAACGGGUCUUUUCCGCUACGGCGAAGCGGGGACCCUUUCAAAAAUCACAGGCGGAUGAAGUCUGUGACCAUGGGACUCGGCGGGCACCCUUAGCGCCCCCCCAACCCGCAAAGGAACCCACUAACGGGCUCCAAAGCGAAGAGGGGGAAGUGGCGCGGUGCUGAGAGUCAACUGCUUCUUCCGUGGAGCGAAGCCGCAUAGCCGUUGUCGGAGAGCGCUGCCUUUUUCCUGGGACAAUUUGGCUUCUAAAAUAAUCACCUGUGAGUACUUAAAUUUCGGACAAUUGGAUUUUAAAUAAGGUCUUGCGAGCAGAAAGGAAUUGGACUUAAAAAUUUAUUUCAAUUUGGCACUGAAACAGGAAGGUCUAAACAGGAAGUCAGCCUUCCGUUUCUUUGUAGACAGAUUAAAGCAAAGACAAGGUAAACUAGAGCUCAGAAAAUCGCUUCUAAAAGAUUAACUUUCAUCAUUUAAAAUUGUUGAACCCCCCUUCGGAAGCAGGAGAAGAAGGGGGAUCUUUUUUGGACUGUUUAAACCUGCAGAAGUGAGUUUAAAGUAAAGUAACUUUCCACCGUCUUGAUCCUGGAGCGGGGUGUCAGGACUGACGUCUUUUCGAGCUCAUUGACCAGAGACAAACGUUUUUGACAGUUAGCUAAAAGAAGAGAAACAUAGUGAUUCCACUGUUCCCCUUCGCAUUUUAAAGGAACAAAUAUUGACAAGAUAUCUGAAAAAGGAAACUUUGUUGCUAGAUUUGUCCUUAAAAGAAAGAACUAAUAGAAGUUUUCCCCCUAGAGGGAGACUGUGAAACUGUAACCAAUUCCAGGGAGCUUGCAGCUGUUACAGAUUACAAUUGUGGGAAUAGACUUUUGACCUUGAAGGACAAUGUAUUCAGAAGCUCUGUUGUGUGCUCUCUGUAAAACAAAUGCCCUACUGGAACAAUUAAAUGAGAAGACGGAUUUGAUGACUGAUCAGAAUUUUUGAACAGGCAGUGGGAAACUAUAUGGAGCCCACCCAGGAAUUAAACCAGGAGUGUGCCCUGACAGAACAGAUGAGAGAAGAGGAUGUUGCUGAAUCUUGGGCGCCAGAGAUGGAGGGAGCUGUGGCCCUGCAGGAACAUGAGCUUUUGGACUUGACAAAUGAACUUGGAAAAAGCCAGAUUUGGAAAGGAAAAGUUUGGUUUGGUUUGGAAAUGGGGGGUUGGAUAGACCCCCCUAUGCAGGGAUGUUUGGACUUUCCAAGUCUGGCAAUGGGCCGUGAGGUGUUUGGGGCUGUGGGGGCUCUUAAUUUUGGAGGGAUUCUGAAACAUGUUUUUAAAUACCACAUGGAGUUUAGUCUGGACUAUGGAAAAGGGGCUGAUUUGUUGAAAAGGGUCAAAAACAUUGCCAAGCUGGAGUUCCCACGAGUGAAAGGAGAAUAUGAAGAAGAGCCGCGGAAGGGACAUGGAAGGGACUUAAGGGCCUCGGAUAUAAGGUUACCAGGUUAAUGCGCUAGAUUAAUGGGAUAAAAAGGACUGACAAAACCCGUGACCAGGAGGAAGGGACGCUGGAUGAAGAUUGGAUUGUUUUUAUUUCUUUUUUUUUAUUACUAGGAUUGUUUUAUAAAAUUGAUGAAUGUUAGAAAAAUGUUGGAACGAAAUUACUUGGCUUUAGCAAAAAUGUUUAAAGAAUUAGGUAAUAAUAUUAUGGUUAUGAGAAGUUGGUAAAAAUAAGAUUUAAGUUUUAAGCUUUAAGGUUCUCUAUAUGAUAAGAUGAAAAUAGAUUAAGGUAAUGUAAUGACAGAAUAUUAUGAAAUAUGGAAAGGAUUUGCUGCGACAAUUAAUAACUAGGAUACAAAAAAAGGGAGGAGGAGGAGGUCAAAGAAAGAAGGUAAUGAAAGUUGAGGAUUCGAGAAUGAUGGAUUUGUUUUUGUGUGUUUGCUGUGUAUUUUUGUUUUUUGAAUAUGUAUUGUUUGAUGUGGUUUGUUUUUUCUUUGUUUUUUCCCCCUUCUUUUUCUUUUUCUGCUUUGUUCUUUUUUGUAAUUCUAAAAAAAUUUCAAUAAAUAUCUUUAAAAAAAAAAAAAAAAAAGAUGCACUCAGGAGAGCAUAUUUACAAGUUUAUUCAGCGUUGGUCAGAACAAAGAAAAAAACAUGACUGCCUGCUUCGAUGUCUCAGGCACAAAGAGAGAAAUGAAAGCAAUAGACAAACAGAAACUUCCUGUAAGCAGGAAAUACGUAGGCUGUGACUCACAACAGCCUGUCCCCUUUUUAAGGUGGAACGGAAAUAUCCUAACAGCUUAGUCAUGCUUGCCACAUGACCCGGAAAAACUGUCUGCAGACAAACGUUGGCUCCCUUGGCCAAUAAAGCGAGAUGAGCACUGCAACCCCAGAGUUGUUCGCGACUGGACUUAAUGGUCAGGGGUACCUUUACCUUUACCUUUAGUGGGUAUAUAGAACUGCAGCCUAAACAGAGUGAUCUUUAGCAGGAUUUCGUUAUAAGUCCUUUGAAAAUGGAUAGCUUUUAUAUUCAAUGGGGAUCAUUUUCCUGCAAAGCUUUCAGUGAGUCAGGAGGCUGAGAACUAGUGGUUCUUUAAGGCAAUUAUUGGAAAGGGUUUUUGUGGGAGGGGAUGGUGGCAACCUAGGGGCCACCCCCUUUCCUUACUGUAUAGUUGGCACUGAAGCUCGAUGCUGCCACGCCAGAGAGGAACUGGCUGUGAAGCACACUGCUUAGUCAGCUCCAGACUGGUGAGAUACUGUAUGCACCUGCUUUAUUGUAAUGUUUAACUUUUUGUGAGCUGUCCUGGGAGACAAAGUAUAAAUAAACUGAAUAAAAUGCAUAUCUCUGAGGAUGAGCCCCAAAGUGCUGUAGGCUGGCAGGACUGAUUGCACAGUAAGCUAGUCAUCAACAUGAGCAGUAGAGUUUUAUCAGAGUUACUUGAUCCAUCUCUAAGGAUGGGGGGAGAAAGUGAAGCACACCGCCUUUCUUCUGCAUCAAUAUUUUUAACUGUUUCUAAUAUUCCGUUCUUUUGGGAAGGCUUUGUUCAUGUGCAUUCCUCAUGACAGUUUGGGGGAAGGUUUGUCUAUCCUUUUUUAAAAAAAAAUCUAUUUUUUAAAGGUAUGAACAAUUUUUUGUUCGUACCUAACAACUCUUCAAGGGACGUGGGUAUGCUGUGGGUUAAACCACAGAGCCUAGGACUUGCCAAUCAGAAGGUCGGCAGUUCAAAUCCCUGAGACGGGGUGAGCUCCCGUUGCUCGGUCCCUUCUCCUGCCAACCUAGCAGUUUGAAAGCACGUCCAAGUGCAAGUAGAUAAAUAGGCACUGCUCCGGCGGGAAUGUAAACGGCGUUUCCGUGCGCUGCUCUGGUUCACCAGAAGCAGCUUAGUCACACUGGCCACAUGACCUGGAAGCUGUACGCCAGCUCCCUCGGCCAAUAAAGCGAGAUGAGCACCAGAGUCGGUCAUGACUGGACCUAAUGGUCAGGGGUCCCCUUUACCUUUAACAACUCUUCAAAGGGCUCCUCCAUGCUGGUGGUUUUUUUGGGUGUGUGUGUGAGAGAGAGAGUGUGUGAAUUUGGCAACAUGUCAUUGAUGUGCUAAUAGUGCAUUAAUGGUGGGAUUAGACUGGACCGUCCACACAUCAUUCCAUUAAAUUGUGGAGGAGGAGCACCAUUGUGCUACAGCACAACAAAAGUGGGACAAAAGCACACCCCGAAAAUAUUUGUGGUAUGAAAAGUCGCAGAGUUUCAGCAGGAAGCUAUGGGACAUGCAACAAUUGGGAACAAAGCAGCAUGUCUACCCUGAAACUUUGUGAGCCAAAAAAGUAUUGAAAAUAGGAUUGCCUAGAAUCCACAGGGAUGCUCACCACUUCGGAGAGAAGUGAUGGUGCAACAGAGGAGGUCAGUAGUUCCUGACUGGCAAGGCAAAGCUUUAGAGUUGGAGUCAAGGUGUUGGUUCAGGACAACCAACUGUGCCCCUGAAGCUGGGAUCAAACAUUCAAGUUGUUUUAGUGAGGUCUUGGAGCAACUGGUUGAAUUUAUUGGCUGGGAUACAUAGUCAUUGACUGGAGGCCCCACCACUUGACAUUUAAAGGGCUGGAACCUUCUUUUGUCAUUCCUUUGAGGUGGGGAGCUGUGUGGUUCCUAUCUCAGGGCUCUCUGGAGCGCCUAAGGAGUCUGUGGACCAGGCCAUCAGAGUCUGGUGGCAUCAAUGUCUCCUCAUGGCUCAGAGGAAGGGAGGCAGGCUCCGGUGCCUGCAGACCCACAUUGUACAAACAAGGGGGUGGAUCCAUUUCCUCCUCAGAGCUGCAGCUGUUGAAGGACAGCGCCUCCAAGGAGUCCUGGUCAAUGGCCAUGACAAUGAGCACCUGUACUCAUUCAGAAUUUGAGCAGAAGCUUGAAAUAAAUGGAAGGCAUGGUGCCAUAAUAUCUUUUGAAAAAUUGCCCAUGGACUCAAUAAAUGGCAAUUCUUUGGAAUCAAAGAGACACUUUGCCAGGAAUCCAGCUAUAAGAUGGGAUGGAGUCAGUCAACCUACUACCCAGAACACUGAAAUGUUCAGAUCAAAGAUUUGGAUUGCAUAGGAUUUUGUUUUCAUGCAGUGCCUUGAGGUUCAGAGUGGAACAAAUUGUCCAGAGUUUAAAAAAGAUGAUUUAGUUCCACUUAAUUCCUUAGGAUGACAUGGGCUGGAAUCUCCACUGUCCAAUCAAGCAAAAACAAUUCAAAUCCUGCUACUUUGAGAUGACUAUAUAAGAAUACUUAGAUUUAAUCAGGUGUUGAACCAUGAUUCCUUUAAUUUGUUUUUCAGUUAUAACCACUAACACUAAGAUCCAUAUAAUAUGUAAGAAAUUUCCAAUGGUUUUACAGACUGGCAGUGUGAUGUUAUGCUGCCAGUUCAGCUGCAACACUUCAGGGAGGAACUUUGCCCAGUUGCAAGUUACAUACAGCGGGCAGAACCCUACAGUUUUUCUCCACUUGCUUGUUGAAAAUGCUUUGCUGCGAUGCCUUUUCACUGGCACAGUGCAGGCAAGUUCUGGGAAAGUUGCCAUGUAAUUAUCUAUUGCAGCUAACAGAACAAAGAUUCCCGUGGCCAGCUGGGAAAACUAACUAAUUUAUUGCAGCUUGAACUUUUGUAGAGUCUACAAUCAGAUGCAUCAUGCAUGAAGGCAGGGGUGCUCCAGUGGCUUUUGGAAAGCUGUAAGGAACUGUUGUUUGUGCUGCAGCUUCUUUCCUUGUCCCAUUUCCAUGCUCAUCUGUGCCAUGUAGUUACUUAGAUGGACUGCUGCUAUAGUAAUGCUUGUGGCUACAGCUACACCAGUCUUCUUCUUUGGGGAUCACUCAUAGCUGAGUAAGAUUGUCUUCCAUAAACACAGUUUUAACAGUGAGUCCGUAAGUGACUGUGGAGGCCAAUUCUGGAUCCACACGUCCUUUCACAGUGGAGGCAUAGGUUUCCAGGUGGGAGUUGAUCAUGGUGAGGGUUUGCCAAGCAUGCCUUCUCCCUUUCGUCCUGAGUUUGAGCAUCUUCAAAGCUCAUGACACCUUUAAUAAAGGCUGUUCUCCAACUGGAGCGCUCGCAGGCCAGUGUUUCCCAGUUGUUGGUGUUUAUACUACAUUUUUAAAUAUUUGCCUUGAGAGAGUCUUUGAACCUCUUAUGUUGACCACCAGCAUUAUGCUUACCAAUUUUAAGUUGGGAGUAGAGUAGGUGCUUUGGAAGAUGAUAAUCAGGCAACAUGGCCAGUCCAACGAAGUUGAUGUUGAAGAAUCACUGGUGAUCUUUGCUUCUUCCAGUACACUGGCAUUAGUUCGCCUGUCUUCCCAGGUGAUGUGCAAAAUUUUUCAGAGACACCGUUGAUGGAAUCUUUUGAGGAGUUGGAGAUGACAUUUAUAAGUGGUCCAUGUUUCACAAGCUUGCAGUUAGGUUGGUAGUACAAUAGCUUUGUAAACAAGCAUUUUGGUUUCCCUGCAAAUGUCCCGGUCCUCAAACACUCUGCACUUCAGGAUGAGAACAGAAAUCACGUGGCGGCGGCAGCGGGAGGCCCCCUUAGCUAAAGUGGUACCUCAGGUUAAGAACAGUUUCAGGUUAAGAAUGGACCCCCAAAACGAAUUAAGUUCUUAACCCGAGAUACUACUGUACAGUGCUUGGAGACAGACCGUCAGAUUGUGUAUCCACAGCAGUGACCAGAGGAGAAAUGACCACUGGGAUGAGUGCAGAGAGAACAAGCAUCUGCCCCAACUUCAACAAAACAUGUCUCUUCUGUAUUGGUGUCUACAGCCAAAGUGGGCACUGGAACUCUCCAACAAUUUGACUUCAUCCCCAAAGGUGCACUCCUCCAUUUUCUCCCGAGACAGACAAAUGCCAGCUAUAAGGCCUACUAUUAUCUACCUAGUGUCCCACAGAGAAUUUCCCCAAUUUUGCUGCAUUUCAGCUGGAGAGAUAAUGGACUGAACUUAUGAAUACAGUGGUACCUCGGGUUACAUACACUUCAGGUUACAGACGCUCAAGGUUACAGACUUUGCUAACCCAGAAAUAGUACCUCAGGUUAAGAACUUUGCUUCAGGAUAAGAACAGAAAUUGUGCUCCGGUGGCACGGCAGCAGCAGGAGGCCCCAUUAGCUAAAGUGGUGCUUCAGGUUAAGAACAGUUUCAGGUUAAGAAUGGACCUCUGGAACAAAUUAAGUAUGUAACCAGAGGUACCACUGUACAAAGCACAUGGUCUACAAUUAAGCUAUGAGUCCACCACAGCUUAGGAACUGUGCUGAUAAUACUGGAUUCUGUACUUCACCAAAACAAAGGGUCAGAUUACCCAAUGGUUAUUCUUUCCUCACUUCAUAGACCAUGUGGGCUUCAGUCACAGCCCCCUCUAAUGCAACAGAACCAGUGUUGCUCCCACAGCCUGUAAAAUAUCUGCUGCCAUGGAGAAAGGAGAACAGGAAAAACAGCCUACAUUUCCCCCAGAUUUGCAUUUGUUCAGUUUUAUUUCUCUUUGGCUAAAUUUCACUUUUGAAACAUGCGUCUUUAGUUCUGCUGAACUCUUGCCCCUUGCCAUUCUCCAUUUGCUCUUUGAUGCAAAAUGUUUUUUUUUGUUUUGGGCAAUGCCAAAAUACCACUACGCUGUUUUCUUAAGCAGCCCACAUACUGAUUCUAUGAAUUUUAAUUCUGUUCCUUUCCUCCUCCAGGCGGUUAAUGGCUAACAUAUAUUGUUUUAAAUCACCUUUAUUGAAAUUGAAUGCUCUAGUAUCACCAAGUCAGAAUGAACUCCUGUGAAGAUAUGGAGCUCAGUUAUCAUAUCAGGAUCCUUAGUGGCUUUCUCAAUUGAUCUAGAUAAGUUUUGAACUUGGUACUAAUGUAGAUUCUUGUAAAUUACUAGAUGUUAUUUUUAUUUAUAGAAGCUGGUUUUCCAACUUUACAUUUUGCUAAAAUGUUAAGUAGUUUAUAAUAGAUAUUGAUCAACAGAUAUAGCUUCCCACCAUUGCUUCUAUUAGGCUAAAUAGCAAAGGCUUUUAAAACCACUGUAGCACUUGUAGGUUCAAGACGUCAUCUAGGUAUUACUACUAUGCUGAAGUCAACUCCUAUAUUUGGCUCAAUAAGCCCCAAAGGUCUCCAAGAGACUUACUUGCAAUUAAAAACAUACCAUAGAAAAAAUACUGUAAUAGAAAACACUAACAGUUCAUACAACAUAUAAAAAACAAUACAACCCCCCCCCCCCAAGCAAUGAGAAGCUCUGACAGCACACUAACCAUAAAACAAAAACAACAGUAUUUCAAAGUCCUGGGGGAAAGGUAAGAUUUUAUUUGGCACCAAAAAGCUGUUAAAGGUAAAGGACCCCUGACAGUUAAGUCCAGUCGCAGACGACUCUGGGGUUGCGGCGCUCAUCUCACUUUACAGGCCGAGGGAGCCGGUGUUUGUCCGCAGACAGUUUUGCCGGGUCAUGUGCCCAGCAUGACUAAGCCGCUUCUGGCGCAAAGGAACACCAAAACCAGAGCAGUGCACGGAAACGCCAUUUACAUUCCCGCCGGAGCGGUACCUAUUUAUCUACUUACACUUUGACGGGCUUUCGAACUGCUAGGUUGGCAGGAGCAGGAACCGAGCAACGGGAGCUCACCCCGUGGCAGGGAUUCAAAAUGCCAACCUUCUGAUCGGCAAGCGCAAGAGGCUCUGUGGUUUAGACCACAGUGCCACCCGUGUCCCGUGAGGAUCGAACUCACGACCCCUAGUUUACAAGACCAGUGCUCUAACCACUGAGCUAUGAAGCCACCCAUAUAUGCUGUUAGUGCCCUGCAAACCUCACUGGGGAGAGCAUUCCACAGACAGGGAGCUACAGCUGAGGUGGUGACUAUCUAAGGGUUUAGAUGACUAAGGACCUCUGAUGACUAUCUAAGGGUUUAGGUAGUUUCAUAUGAGCACACCAUUAAAGUCACUUGUUUCCAACGUAUUCCCAAUUCAACACCGUAACUUACAAAAAACCCAGGCUUAGUAGCUCAAAUAAUAAUGCCUAUAGUAUUAGCAUUUAUGCAUCUACUUAAAAUGUAUCUGUUCACCUAAGCUUUCCCUGAGGGGUGAUCUAGUUAUGUUGCAGUAUUAAUCUGAUCUAGUGUUUACAUGUGUUUUGUAUUUGUUUUAUGAAUGCAAUUAAUUUUAUGCUGUUCACUGCCACAAUUUCCCCCCUUAAUGUUGGCAGCACAGAAUUUUAAAUAAAGAAGUUAGAAAACAGAGUGUCAGGCAGGAAUGGUGAACCUGUGGCCCUCCAGCUGUUGUUGGACUCUGACUCUAAUAAACAAAGCUGGUUGGGCUGAUGGGAGUUGUCAGAACAACAUCUGAAGAGCCACAAUGUCUCUAUCCCUGGUGUAAUGAUAUCUACCACAGAAUAAAUUUACAAACAUAUUUGUCCAGGUGUGUUUCAGAUCCUCCCUAUACAUUAACGCACAUCCAAGAAUCCUGGGGACUUUAGUUCUUUAAGUUUGUUAAGGGUGCUGGCAAAUGUAUUUCUGUAAGGACAAAACUACAGUUCCCAGGAUUCUUUGAGGAACGUCAUGUGUUUUAAAAGUGCAUUGGAUGUUCUUUGAAUUUUUGUUGUGGAUCUACCCAUCAUUUAACCGUAUGAUGCAAAAGGCAGAAAAAUGUUUUGGAGCAUCCAGAAUUUUGUCAUCCUGCUUCACAAUGAUGUAUUUCUCAAUAGCUGCUUCCUCCUACACCUAUAGCACCUAUAGGUGUAAGUAGGCACAGCAAACUCGUCUCUCCAGAUGUUUUGGGACUACAACUCCCAUCAUCCCUAGCUAACAGGACCAGUGGUCAGGGAUGAUGGGAACUGUAGUCUCAAAACAUCUGGAGGGUCGAGUUUGCCUAUGCCUGGUUUAAGUGUAUACAUCAUACGUUUAAAGCACAUCACUUCCCCCAAAGAACCCUGGGAACCAUAGUUCCAAACACCCUUAACAUGGCUAAUUCUGGAAUUCUACUGUAAGCCAAUCAGGUUGUGGAUUCACUUAUAUCUGGAGCAUGAUUGGAUGGUUCCUGCCAACCAAUCAUACUGCUGCAUUGUUCUAGGACCAAUCAGACUGCUGCAAUUUGGAUCCUAUUGUUCUAGGACCAAUCAGACUGCUUCAGUUUGGAUCCUAUUCAACUCAGUACAUAACACUACUGCUUCCAGGACUCGGGGGGGGGGGGAGAGUCAUGUGCUUUAAAUGUGCUUUAAAAUGAAUGCUGAAGGAAAUGUGCUUCUAGGAAGAGGAAGGACCUACCAUCUGAAUCCCUCUACUACUCUUGGUUUCGUGCAAUGGGUGCUGAGACCUCUGCUCUAAGCCUCUUCAGUCUGUCUGGACUAAUGGCGUGGAAUUGCCACAGACUUCCUGUGAUGUGCUGGCGUCUGGUGCCCAGAUCCAGGGUCACUGUGUCCUUACCAGUUUCUUAUACUUCUAGCAAAUGAUGUGAACCGACCUUUCAAAGGGGGUGGGAGAGAAACAGCUGAACUUACUGAGUCAGCUUCCUACCAUAGUUUCUGUUUCAUGUCCUGCUCAUAUACCAUAAAUGUGAUGAAAACUCCUUGAGCUUGGGCCUGAAUAUGUAUAGCUCUGGGAUUCUUAAAGAAGAGGUAAGCACCAGGACCCCCUGGAGAAGCACCCCCAACUUCUUGCCUCCUACUUGCCUUUCCCCCAAUACUCAUUUUUUUCCACCCAUUCCCUUCAAAUUCCAGGAAAGGAAAAGGAGGAAGCAAACAAAUGAGAAGCAAAUGUCUACCCAGGUCUUUUUAUUUUUUUUUGGCCUGGGGCUCCUUGGUGGUGGUGAUAGUGGGCUGUUUGUCUUCUACCUGUGGUUCUUCUUUCCUUUUGUGUUUUUGCCAGCAGCAAAUUCAAUUCAACUGUCUCCAUUUGAAUUGCAUCAAUGGGGAAAAAAAAUCUGCACCCCUUAAAACCAUUGUCAGGGACAAAUGCCCACACGUAGCGAAAGGGAUCGUGAGCUUUUGUCCCACACUGUGUGGUUUUCUUUGUGGUAGGCCCUUUCUGUGCACUACUCUGAGCAAUCCAAUGUCAAAGCUUUUGAAAGAGGGACCUUUCUCAGCUGUACUAACUUGUCAAAAGCUCCCAUGGUCUCUGGCUGCCUGCAGAUCACUCUACAGCAGGCCCCUGCAAAGCUUGUCUGAGGCCCAAGGAAGGAGUCUUGUUUGAACGCAGUUAUAAACUCAAACAGAAAAGCAGCUGGUUCCUGGCAGGACACCCAAGGGCUUAGCCCUCUGAGGCCCAGGGCAAGUGUACCUAGGCCUGCUUUGCAAUGCCAGGAGAUUUCCAUCUCCUGCUUGGUGAAGCUGUCCUUUGAGGUGGUAGAUCAAAUUCAGAUUGGCCUGGAAAGGAAGCAAGCUUUUUCCUGCAUUCAGGGGAGAAAUGCUUCCACUUGCUUCCAGUCCAAUGCAGUGUGAGAGAUGAGUGGCUCAUCUUUCCCUGGGUACAAUCCAUAAUUGCAGAGCUAAGUAUCAACGUUCUUGCCUUAGUGUGCAAAUUGCAAUAUGCUUACAUUUGUUUGGGGUGCUGUAGUAAGAGGAAACGAGCUGUGGCUUUUUCAUAGGGCAUUGCUACAUAGAAGCUUGUCACAAAUGAUGUACUUUUCAAGAAUGACGGAAGGAAAUGAGAGAGGCGGGGUUCAUAUUGACCUCAUUGCUCUUUGGAGGAUAUGGUCAGCUAGGAACAGUUUGGAGGAACAAGAGAGCUACAUUUCAAUCUUCAGUUUGUAUUCCUGGAUGUCUGAGUUCAGGCACCUGAGAUAGUAUUUCCUGGCUGGGCUUCUUGGUGUGUAUUCUGGUAACAGGGUUAAAGUGCAUGCUCUUAGAUCUUAAUAUAAUAUUUCUGUUCUCUGAACUCACAACCUUUGCAAGCCCCACAUUAAAAAUACGAAACUUAUUUUUCAAAAGCAAAUACUGUCUAAAUACCGUGAGCUUUGUUUUAAAUGAGAAAAACUUCCCCUGAAACUUCAUCAGUAGUACUGAGAGUCCAUUUAAAGAACUGCUUUUCCCCAGGCCAUUUUCUUUUGAUAUUGAAAUUAUGGUAAUUGUUCUGGUAUUCCAAAAUACAGAGCACUUCUAAAUGGCUCAUUGGAUAUUGCCAGCAGGUAAAUGGGAGCAGCAUUUUUAAACUUGCCAUCUUUUCAGAGGGUAAAUCCAGAUUAAAUGGAGGGGGUGGAAUGCAGGCUGGCAUUUUGAUGCCAAUGCACCCACAGAAAUUCUGCCAAAAUACACACAAAAAACCCUUUCAUGCAUGAGCAGCACUGAUCCUACAAUAAAUCCUCAUGUGGAAGCACCCAUAAAAGUUUGAAGUCAUAGAACUGUAGAGCUGGAAGAGCCCCCAAGGGUCAUCUAGUCCAACCCCCUGCAACUAAAGCAUCCGUGACAAAUGGCCGUCCAACCUUAAAAGGAAGGAUUAAAAACCUUCAAGGAAGGAGAGUCCAUAAUCUCCACAGGGAACUAUGCUAUUUGCAUGUAAUUUUUCCAAAGAAGAAACAUUUCCUCCCCUUCUUACAUUUCCAAUUUUGUACCAGCCACAACUGGGAUAUUUAGCUGCUUAAAAUUUCAUAUUUCCCUCUAUUUUAAACACAAACAACUAUAUGGCAUAGAAGACCGUCUCUCAAAUAUUGUAACUAUUUUCUGUAAAUGUUUGCUGAUUCAGCCAAAUAUUUUUUUCAGAACCCAAUCCACUUCUACUUGAAAUAAUUCAGUAGCACAAUACCUGUGUGGCUUUUUGUGUAUGUUUUUGUUCCUUAGUAACUUUGGAGCUACUGUAAAUCAAAGUCUUAGAUUGAGCAACUUGUACAUAACCUUCACUUGUUUUUCUGGUAUCUUUGGCUUGUUUGUACUGUGAGUGAUGGAUGACACAGUGCAACAUAAUGGCAAAUUCCUGGAAUCUGAGUCUGCUAUUUGAAAAGAUGCAUGUUCAUAUUCACAUCAGUUAUUGAUGUUUACUAGCCAUAUAGUCAAAUCAGUGCAAUAUGUAUAUGUGUGUAUUAUAUCUCCAUGCAUCCAUGUUGCUCCCCGCAUCUAUUCAAAGAUGAAUCGGAUGAUUUCAUGAACAGCUGCAACAGGUUAAAUAUUGCUGUGAAUUUCAGAAGGGUUGUACAGCUUAAUUAUCUAACAGACCCACUAUCUAAAAAGAGGUGCUAGGCUAAGCUGUAGUGUCUGACAACCCCUAGACCUGGUAGGGUGGCGUGUGCCCAAAGUGGCCAUGUAGGCAGGGCCUGUGUGGUCACAUGGGCAAGCCAAAGUUCUGGUUUUCUUCCCAUUCUCAUUCUAUGCAAAGGUGUAGACACUACAGCCCUUACUGCCUAACUCACCUGAAAAAUGUCCAACCUUAACUAUUUGAAAAUGAUUCAUAGAUGGUACCUAACUCCGAGUAGGGUUGGCUAUGAUAUAUAAAGUACAAUCAGAUAUGUGUUGGACAUGUAAAGAAAAGGAGGGGGCCUUUUUUCAUAUGUGGUGGACAUGUAAAAGUAAAAGAAUAUUGGGAAAUGAUUUAUAAUGAGUUGGAAAAAAUGUUUACAAUUACCUUCCCCAAAAGACCAGAGUCCUUUUUAUUAGGAAUAACCCAGGCAGAAAUUCCAAGGUGUCAGAAAAGCUUAUUUAUGUAUGUAACAACAGUGGUCUGUGUUUUGUUAGCCCCCAAAUGGAAAAUAAGCGAGGUCCCAGACAAAGAGGAUUGGCAACUUACAGGUUUACACAUAAAAUAAAAGAACAAGAAGAACUUACAUUUAAAGAAGAGUGGAAAACACUUACUGAAUAUAUGGAAAAUAAUUGUACACAAUUGAAAACGCUGGUUGCAUUAAGAUAAAUUCAACCGCGUAAUUAAUGUUUGAAUGGUGUAAAAAUGGAAAACUGACUUGAAUAGUUAUAAAAUAUGCAGGAAUGGAAGAUAUAUAAAAUGAUCUAUAUAUAUGUGUAUGUGUGUGUUCCCAACCUUGGUUUAGAAGUGGUCCCUGCUGUCACAAUGUCUAGUAUGGGAUAAUGUUGCAAUAACCAUAUAUUACUCAGAAGUAAGCCCCAUUAAAUUCCAUGGGGAUCGCUCCCAGAUAGGACUGGAGCCUGAACUGGAGUCUUAAAGCUGCCACACAGAACUAUUAACAAAGUCCCCUCUAAACUUUUAUUCCUCCUGCCACCAACUUACUCACUUCUAUGCCUUCUUUCCAGAAUGUGGGGUGAUAGUAAAUGGAUUAGAGUGCAGUAGGACAGAGUUAAAAUCACCAUUCAUUUAUGAAAUCUUCCUGGGUGACCUUGGGCUAUUCCCUGUCAGCCUAGGUCUCAGGGUUGCGAGGGUAAAAUGUGGAAGAGGAGAGUCAUGAAUGCCAACGUAAGGUCCUUCAAGGACAGAAAUGAAAUGGCUUAAUUGGAGAACAUAUGUCCUCAAAAAUAUUGCCUUACUGGCAAAAUGAGGAAUUAGGAAGGGGCCAAGUACUCUGCUGGAGUUAGCAGAAGACCUCUCAAGGCCACGGAUGACAAGAAAGAUGUAGCAGAAUUAAUAUCAGUAGGAAGAGGACCAAAUGUUCCAAGUAUGAUUGGAUAUGCACACACCCACCCAAGAGAACUUUAUGUGCAUGAAAGGAAACCAGACUUGCUUGUUUUUAGUUGGUUCAAUGCGGAAUAGCUGGCCAUGGGAGGGUAGCAACAUGGACAAGCCAGUUACAUUGGGUCUGUUCAUGUAUUAACUACAUUUAUAUCACUUCCCUAAACAGGAAUUCUCUGGGUGUGUCCCAAAGCAAAGCAAAACAGUUAAAACUGUAAAUUAAAAUCAAAGCGACAACCAGUGCCCAUCUCAGUACAACGUUACCUGCUUAAAGCAAAGCUAAGAAACAACAGGAUCGAUAUGGUGACUAAACCAGCAGCAGGAGUGCCCCGGAUGCAGAUUAAACAGGACAGUGUAUACAGAGCCUUACUCUCAAGUUUUUGGGGAGUAUACUAAGUAAGUUUUGUGUUUCAGGUUAAAAGAUAAAAUGUGAUUGCCCUGCACAAAAUAGUUAGGCUCUUUUUAAUGGGGAGUACAAUAUUUUCUCUCAUUUAUGGAGCACACAAACAAACAUACUUUUCUUUUAAGAAUCCUAAAAUAACUCCCAGAUAUAUAUUAGUUUUGGGGACUUCGGUGCGGGGGUGGGGAGGGAGUCUGCUUCAGAUCCUUACCUCUCAAAUGUGACCCGUCAUGAAAGUCGUGGUAGCGCCAUCCAAGAGGGGGCAAUGAGACUCAGGAAAGUGGUCAUUCUAAACUUGGUUAUUGUCCAUUGGAGCAUUGUUACAGCCGCUGGUGGCAAGGUAUAUGUUGACCUUAACAUGAUAACAAUAGGAGUGGAACUGAGCAUUGUUUUCCCAAUAGGGUCAGUAGCUAAAACGUUAACUCUUUAAUUCAAUGAGUUUCUUUCCAUACAUGGAGUUUCUUUUUCGCGCUGUAUAUAUUAUGCUCGUCAGGCGGCAUGAGUGCCCUCUUGUGGCGAUCAAGAGCAAAAGCAAUCGAUAAAAGGCACAAUCCUAGACAAUCCAUUCAUUGAGCAUUAAUCUUGAUUUCUUUCCAGGAGAUUAGAUGCAGGUUGCUUCCAGAUGGACCUGCUUAUUAAGCAUACAUCCUGAUUUCUUUUUGACUAUUUAAUAAGCAUUCAUUCCAAAUCAUUUGCAGAGAGGUCAGAUGACGGUCACGCCCACCUCUUAGGCCACAUGCACACCAUACAUUUAAAUCACUAUGAUACCACUUUAAACAGUCAUAAGGUAAAGGUAAAGGGACCCCUGACCAUUAGGUCCAGUCGUGACCGACUCUGGGGUUUGCGGCGCUCAUCUCGCUUUAUUGGCCGAGGGAGCCGGCGUACAGCUUCCGGGUCAUGUGGCCAGCAUGACUAAGCCGCUUCUAGCGAACCAGAGCAGCGCACGGAAACGCCGUUUACCUUCCCGCUGGAGCGGUACCUAUUUAUCUACUUGCACUUUGACAUGCUUUUGAACUGCUAGGUUGGCAGGAGCAGGGACCGAGCAACGGGAGCUGAACCCGUCGCUGGGAUUCGAACCGCCGACCUUCUGAUCAGCGAGUCCUAGGCUCUGUGGUUUAACCCACAGCGCCACCCACAUCCAUAAACAGUCAUGGCUUCCCCCAAAUUAUACUGGGAAUUACAAACCCCAGAAUUCUCUGUGGAGAGAGUUAAACCGCUCUGCACAUUGCUCUGGGAUGGGAAUAGGGUCUUCCUAACAACUGUUAGCAACCCUCUUAACAAACUACAGCUCCCAGAAUUCUUUAGGGGAAGCUGUUUAAAGUGGUAUCAUAGUGAUUUAAAUGUAUGGUGUGCUGUGGCCUCAUAUAAAUUUAAUAGUUAUGGGGAAUUAAUUCUAGAAACUGUAGUUUGUUCAAGGUGCUGGGAAUUGUAGCUUUGUGUGAUCAGUACCUUUAAACUGCAGUUUCUAGGAUUCCCUAUGACACUGAAAGUAGUAUAAUAGUGCUUUAAAUGUGUAGUACAGAUUUGACUGACAUUGCAUAUCCUACACUUUCCAGUUCAUUUUCCCAUUACUUUUCUUGUCUGAUUUAGGAGCAGAGGAGAAACUGGGUUUGUUCUGCAAGAGCACCAAAUCAACCGUAAUUGUGCAACCUAAAUUUGCCAUUUUGUCUUGGGGCACCCAUUACACAUAGACUUCAAUAUCCCAUCUGAAUAAUGUGGUUUCAUUUCUAUUGCUUUUCCUGUAGAAGAGACUGGGGCUGAAAUGUCAACAUAGGAUUUGGUAUUUAAAUGGAUCAUUUAACAUUAGUCAAAGGUAGAAUUAAGCAUGCUUGUAAAAUUGACAAACAAUUGAAAAGAGCGAAGUAUAACAGCAUAAUUUGCUUCUUCAUAUUCAUCAACAUGCCACUCUUUCUGAAUACCAAGCUGGGUAAUAAGUACCUGAUGUAUAAUUGUAUAUUGUUUAAUCUGAAGAUAUAUAUAUAUAUAUAUAUAUAUAUAUAUAUAUAUAAUCUAUCUCAAAGGAAAGUAUACUAUGAUUACAGGUGAAGAUUUUUUCAAUGUCCAGCACUUAACUAGCUGGUGGCGAGUAGGGCCAGCCCAAGACAUUUUGGUGCCUGAGGUGAACCACAAAAUGGUGUCCCUCUCUCUGCCAGGAAAGUAGGGGCAAGUGAAGAAAUACAUCAGGAAAGGGGGGGGAGGGGGGAAUAAUGAUCUAUACAGUGGUACCUCAGGUUACAUACGAUUCAGGUUACAGACUCCGCUAACCCAGAAAUAGUACCUUGGGUUAAGAACUUUACCUCAGGAUGAGAACAGAAAUCAUGCUCUGGCGGCACGGUGGCAGUGGGAGGCCCCAUUAGCUAAAGUGGUGCUUCAGCUUAAGAACAGUUUCAGGUUAAGAACAGUUUCAGGUUAAGAACAGACCUCCAGAACGAAUUAAGUUCUUAACCCGAGGUACCACUGUAUUGGGAUCUGUGGCCCCUGUGGCCCCUGUUGCCUAAGGUGGUUGCCUGAGGCAGUUGCCUCACCUUGCCUUUAUGGGUAGAUCAGCCCUGGUGGCGAGUACUUUAGAAUUAGGCACUUAAAUUUUGGAAGCUUGGGUUUCACUAUUCAUUUUUCAUUUUGUAACAUAUACUUGAUUAAGACACUUAACAUACCUUUAUCACAUGUUAACAAGACUUGCAAAAGAUUAUUGCAAAUUCUGAGAGUAGAUGCAGUGAUAUACUCUUCUUGCACACCUAGCGGGCAAUUCCGGCCUCUGGUAGGCAGCAGCUGGGCUUAAUGGCACAAGGGAGCCAUUCCUGCAUAUGGACGCUUGCCUCUCACCCUGGGCAAGGCUCAAGGGGGAGGAAUGGGGCAGAUAAGAUCUGCACGUUAGCUGCCAGCUACUGUCAGUGGGAAUACAACUGAGAAAGCCCUAAACACUCCAGGGCUGGAUCUAUACUCACUCUUUAAAUGUUCUUAGAACGAUAUUUUUUUUUAUAUCACUUUAAAACAAAAGGGCAUUUGUUUUCACUUCCUUUUCUACAAGGUCUACCCACUUAUUUGACGGGGCAAGCUCUGCAGCACCCUCUGGUGUCACAUUCUGAUAACACAUCAUUAACAUUCUAAAGAACAUUACAGUGGUACCUCAGGUUACAUACACUUCAGGUUACAUACACUUCAGGUUGCAGACUCCCCUAACCCAGAAAUAAUACCUCGGGUUAAGAACUUUGCUUCAGGAUGAGAACAGAAAUCGUGCUCCAGCAGUGCAGCAGCAGCGGGAGGCCCCAUUAGCUAAAGUUGUGCUUCAGGUUAAGUACAGUUUUCGGUUAAGAACGGACUUCCAGAAGGAGUUAAGUACUUAACCCGAGGUACCACUGUAUAUGGCUAUAUCAGGGGCCAGCAAACUUUUUCAGCAGGGGGCCGGUCCACUGUCCCUCAGACCUUAUGGGGGGCCGGAAUAUAUUUUGAAAAAAAUAUAUGAAUGAAUUCCUAUGCCCCACAAAUAACCCAGAGAUGCAUUUUAAAUAAAAGCACACAUUCUACUCAUGUAAAAACAUGCUGAUUCCCAGACUGUCUGUGGGCUGGAUUUAGAAGGCAAUUGGGCUGGAUCCGGCCCCCGGGCCUUAGUUUGUCUACCCAUGGGCUAUAUCAUAACCCUUUAAAACUCAUUUUUAGUGUUAAAAACCAUGUGUAGAGGAGUCCCAGGGCUAGGGUAUCUGAAGGGUGUCCUUUUUCUAUGUAAACUUGGCCAAAUUUACUGAUAUUAUUAGAAGGCCUGCUAUAGCUUCCCAUUCCCUUUUGUACUUAGGUGCGUGGCUACUAGACAAGGGCUUUUCUGAUGCAGCAUCCCAAAUUCCAAAAGAGCAAGUCUGGCGCAAACUCCUUUUUUUCAGGUGCAGUGGGGAAAUAAUAUUUCCCCGUAAGGAGUGUGCUGAUUUAUUAUGGAUUUUACAGUGUUUUCUUGGGUUUUUUUUUUAGUAUGUUUGAUGAUGCUAUAUUACUGUGUAAUAGUUUUAAAAUUUGUUUUGUGAACCAUUUUGGAAAUUCCUCUGCUAAGAUAGGACAAAAAUAUUGUAACUCCCUCUCUGUUUCUCUCUCUAGCUCCAUCUAGUUCACUGGAACUCCACAAUGUACCACAACAUUGAUGAAGCAGUGGGGAAGAAGAACGGCAUAGCCAUUAUUGCUUUAUUUGUGCAGGUAACUUUCUGCUGUCUUUGUCAUAAUCAUAAUCAUCAUUAAAUCCAUUAGUUCCUUUUUUGUUUUUUUUUGUUUUUUAAAUGAUAUUUAUUAAAAUUUCAAAGGAUACAAAAAUUACACAAAAAUAAAAAAUACAAAAAAUAGAAAUACAAGAAAAUAGAAAAUACAGAAAAAAGAAUAAAAAACAAAAACAAAACAGGUUCAUUAGUUUCAGACCCUUAACUGUCAUUGCCUUCUUUCGUAGACCUCCUCCUCCUCCCUUCCUUUGUAUUCUAGUUAUUAAUUAUCUCAGCAAAUCCUUUCCUUUCCAUAUUUCAUAAAAUUCUAUCAUUACAUUACCCUCGACUAAUUUAAUCCUAUCUUUCUAUAAUAAAAUACACCUUAAAGUUUAAAACUUAAGUCUUAACCUUACCAGCAUCUUAUACUCAUAGUAUUCUUUCAUAAUUCUUUAUGCAUCUUUACUAAAGCCAGGUAGUUUCUUCCAACAUUUUUCUAUCAUUCACCAACUUUAUAAAACAUUCUAGUAAUAAAGAAAGAGAAAAAGCAAGAUAUAAACAAGUCCAAUCUUUAUCCAACGUCCCUUCCUCCUGGUUCCGGGAUUUGUCAGUCCUUAUUCCCAUCAGUCUAACCCGGUAACCUUAUGUCCGAGGCCCUCAGGUCACUUCCAUGGCUCUUCCGCAGCUCUUCUUCAUAUUUAUAACUAUAAUUUCCCUUAUUUCCUCGUGGUAACUCCAGCUUGACAAUGUCUCUUGUUCGUGGUAACUCCAACUUAAUAAUGUUUUUAACCCUUCUCGUCAGAUCAGACCCUUUUCCAUAUUCAUCGCUGCAUUCCAUGUAGUAUUUAAAAGCAUGUUUCAAGGGCCCUCCAAAAUUGAGAGCCCUCACAGUCCCAAACAUAUCGCAGCCCAUUACCAUGUUUAAAGAGUCCAGACAUCCCAACAUAGGGGGGUCAAUCCAGCCCCCCAUUUCCAAGCCACACCGAACUUUUCCUUUCCAGAUCUGGCUUUUUCCAAAUUCAUUUGUCCAGUCCGAAGGAUCAUACUCCUGUUGGGUCUGUUCUGUCAAAACAUACUCCUCCUGUUCUGUCAAAACACACUCCUGGUUUAAAUCCUGAGUAGGCUCCACAUAUUUUCCCACCAUCUGGUCAAAACAUUCCACUGCCUGUUUAAGAUUUCUAGUCGAAAUGGCCAUCCAGUUCACCUUAUCAUGUAAUUCUUCCAAUAGAGCAUUUGUUUUGUAAAAAACGCAGACCAAGGCUUCUGAAUACAUUGUCCUGCACAGUCAAAUACUUUCCCACGGUUAUUUUGUAACAGCUGUCAAUUCCCUGGAGUUAGUUACAGCUUCACAAGCUCCCCCUAGGGGGAAGACUUAUGUUUAUUUUUGCCAGAAAGUUUCCUUCCCCCCCCCCCAAGUACUUAAGAUACUUUGUCCAUAUAUAUUCCUUUAAAAUGCGAAAGGGAACAGUGGAAUCACAGAGUUUCUCUUCUUUUAGCUGUCUGUCAAAAAACAAUUAUCUUGGUAAACUCACGUCAGUCCUGACACCCCGCUCCAGGAUCAGGACGGAGGAAAAUAACUUCCUUUUGCAGUUACUCAAAUAGUCCGGAAAAAAAAAAGAUUCCCCAUUUAAAAUGUUGAAAUCCACUCUUUUAAAAACGAUUUUCUGAGCUCUAGUGUAAAUUGCCUUUGCUUUGUUCUAUUUACAAAAGAACGGGAGGGUGACUUCCUGUUUAGCCCUUCCCGCUCCGUACCAAAUUGAAUAGAUUUUUUUUUUUAUAGUCCGAUUCUGUCCUUCUCACAAAUCUUUAUUUGAUAUCCCAUUUGUUCAAAUUCUAAGUACUCACGGGUGCUUGUUUUAGAGUCCAAAUUGUCCCAGGAAAGAAGGCAGCGCUCUCCGGCAGCAGCUGUGCGGCUUCGCUCCAUGGAAAUAGCGAUUGACUCACAGCACCGCGCCACUUCCCCCUCCUCACUUCGGAGCCCGUUAGUGGGUUCCUUAGCAGAUUGGGGGGGCGCUAAAGGUGCCCGCCGAGUCCCACGGUCACAGGCUUCAUCCGCCUGUGAUUUUGAGGGGGUCCCCGCUUCGCCGUAGCGGAGUAGACCCUGUUUACCGCGGAGCCAGUCCCUCCAGUUCAGAGGGAGUCCGCCAUUGCCGGUGGCGCCACCCCGGAAGUCCCAUUAGUUGCUUUUUUGCCGCAGGCAGCUCAUGACCAUUUAUCAUGACUAUUUCUUGUAAACGGUGUGUUCAAAAAAUGUCAUAAUAUGUGCAGUAGAAUAUUUUGAAAUACUAGGUUUAAGAGAAGAAAGAGAAAGGUAUUCUGAACAUAGUCAAACUUAGAUUAUAAAUUGUCCCUGGAAAUGAAAAUGAUUGUGUGGGGUUAUUAGUGGGCUGGUGAGAAAAUAACAUAAUUUUUUGUUUUGUAGUGGGCAUUAGAACAAGUCUAUACUUUAGAAAGAUCAAAAUGGAUCAGAUUUAAUGACUUGGUUAAAGAAACUUAAGAUUUGCAGUGACAAUAUUUCAAAUAAGGACAGCUGCAAAUGGACUUAUUUUUAAUGAUAUGGCAGAGCUUAUCUCUUUGCAGAAGAGCAUGAAUAUGGUUUUCAAAGUUCAGCUUUGUAGCUUAUUUGAGUUUGUAGAUGACAUACAGCAAUCAGAACAGGAAUAAUGCAAUGAAUGAAGGCAGCAAUUCCCAUUCUGAUCUGUUUUCAUCUCCAUCAGCACUGUUUCCAUUCCACUGCACUUUGGUUUCUGACUUGUAUAACUAUUUAUGUAACUUCCUUUCAUUUCCACGUAAAGGAAAUGCCAAAAUGUUUUUUAAGUCAUUAAUUACGUAUUGUUUGUGUACUAACAUGGAUGAUGUGAACUACUACCAAUCAUAUUCACCGAAGAGACUUCUGUUCCUGACCACAGACAAACAUGCAAACUGAUGCCAAUUUCCCGUCCUCUUCCCCCCCCCCCCAGAAUUCUCCAACAUUCCUAAGUGAGAAUGGUGUUUUAUAUUAAGAUAUAAAUUGCCGAUCUAAAUUCAACUUUACACAAAAUAUGCUGCUUCUCCGUUUAGGUGCUUGGAAUAUAUACAGAGAAAGAAUGGUUUGAUUAUGUCAAAGUGAAAGGGAUGUGGGCAGUGCUUUCCCCCGCUAAAAAAAUGUUUAGGGGUACUCUCAUUUUCCUACUCAUAUUGAAAUACUGCCCCUCAAUGAGGCCAAACAUUCAGAAAAUGUUUAGAAGUAUGCGUCCCCCUGCGUCCCCCUAGAAAAAAGCACUGGAUAUGGGUGUAAUGGUUGUCUGGGGUUUCUGUGAAAAACAACUUUACUCCAGAAGAAUUCACAAGUGUUUAUUGUUUUAAGUACUAGGCAAAUGCUCCUUUAUGAACCAUAUUUGUGCACAAUGACCCUAACUAUGUUUAUGUGGAAGUAAGCCCUACUGACUUCAAUUUACUUUCAAGUAAGUAUGCUUAAGGACGCAGGUGGCGCUGUGGGUUAAACCACAGAGCCUAGGACUUGCUGAUCAGAAGGUUGGUGGUUCGAAUCCCCGCGACGGGGUGAGCUCCCGUUGCUCGGUCCCUGCUCCUGCCAACUUAGCAGUUCGAAAGCACCUCAAAGUGCAGUAGAUAAAUAGGUACCACUCCGGAGGGAAGGUAAACAGCGUUUCCGUGCGCUGCUCUGGUUUGCCAGAAGCGGCUUAGUCAUGCUGGCCACAUGACCCAGAAGUUGUACGCCGGCUCCCUCGGCCAAUAAAGCGAGAUGAGUGCCACAACCCCAGAGUCGGUCACGACUGGACCUAAUGGUCAGGGGUCACUUUACCUUUAAGUAUGCUUAGGAUUGCAGUUUUAGCCAGAACAAAUUACCUUGUAUGCUAUGGAAGCAGAGUUGCCAAAGAAGACUACACAAAUCUUGUUCUAAGACUUCUAUGCAGCCCAAACAGGUGGUUGGGCUACUCCUCUGCCCUUCACAUAUUUUGAGCUUCAAUUCCUAUCAGCCCAAGCCAGCAAGAACACAUUGAUGCCGGUUGAUGGGAGUUGUAGUUUCAAAUAUCAAGGGGGCACCAGGUUGGUGAAGGCUGCCUUUUCAUAACUAGUUGUGCCUUUUCAAUAUUGUAUGGAUGGGGUUGUCCUUUAUGUUUCAAAUUGAUUCUGGGUUAGGGUUUUUUUUUUUGCUUCUAUUAAUAUGUCAUGUUUUAUAAUAUGAUUAUAAAUGCCUCCAAGACUGUUUGAAUGUAAAAGUGUAUUGAUUAUGGUCCUGAUGCAGAAAUAGGACUGUUAAAAAUAAUGGAAGCAGCUCUCAGUUCACUCGGUUUUGUAUCCUAGAGGACUCUUCCAUAAUUGCUUCUGAAGCGGCCUUCCAAUUUCAGCAGAACUAACCUUGGAGUUACUCAGAAAGUUAUGUAAAAUUGUGAAAUAAAACUCUUUAGUUUAAUAAUCUCUCUCCACUUUUUCAAUUCAAUUUAAUCAAGGGGCUCCCACCCACCCCUUUUUUCUUUUUUGAGUUGCUCAGUAUUUUUAUUUUAAUUGAAAAUGUUUCUGCACUGCAUCCUUAAACUGGAUGGAGAGUUGGGUGCCCUUUGCUUAAUGGCCUACUAGAAGAAAACCAACUUCACUCAGCAGAUUUCAUCCAGCUGUAGUUGUCCUGUUUCAGUCCCCAGCAUCUCCAGGCAGGGCUAGGAGACAUCUCUGCCUGAGCAGUGGGGUUACUCAGUAUGAGACAGUUUCCUCCAUUACAUUGAAAUAUUCAAGGAAUAGCUUUCUUAUCAAGCAGCUGAAAAAUGAGGAAUAUUGGUCAACACUGCAUAAAAUUAGAAUUUCUUCUGGCCAAUGAAAACAAACGCAUUCCUGGCACCAUGUCUACUUUUGCCUUGACAGCCGCAAAACAAUUACAAUUCUCGUAAAUGGAUAGUAAUCAAGAAGCAAGCUCUUAAAGAACUUUCUGUGUACGUUUCAAAGUUGCUUUUUGUGUCUCUGUUCCCUGAUCGCUGAGAUUUAUUUAUUGCUUAAGUGGUUACUUUUGUCUGACAUUUUUCUUGUUAUGGCCUAUGGCUUAAAGCAAAUCUGAUGCUAAGCUGAACAGAUGGCAAUCUGCACUGGUACGUCUGCACUGGCAACACAUGUAUAAGGUUGUUUAACCAUACAGAUCCCUCUUGCUGGGUUGGGGUGAAUGUUUUGACACUUGAAAUGCUUCUAAACAUGUUGUUUGAAUUUGGCAUCUGAAACAAAUUUAUCUAAAGUAACAGAAAUCUUCUGACAAGAGUCCCGUGUACCCUGCAAUGUUGAGAUGGGAGUGUCCUCCAUUUACUUUAUCAUGAGGGGUGAGGGAAGGCUUGGCACAUUUGAGUUUUCUUAGUUUCUAAUUUUUAUCAAUCUUAAAUUCAGUUCUCCACAUUUGUCCAGCAAGUUGUGAAUUUUUCUUUUUUAAAAAUCCUGAAGGAUUUCUCCUAAUAACCACCGUUCUGGAUGCAGUUUUGACCAACAUACACAUUUUUGCAAGCAAUUUCCCCUAACAUAAUGCAUUUCUGUAAGUUAUUUUCAGCAAUGCAUUCAUUUUUAUUUACAUUUCCCCCUGAUUUACACAUGUUCAUAAGUGUUGUUGGGUUGUAGAAUUAUACUGCAAAAUUCUGAUAAGUGCAACUGCUGACGAAUGUCUUUGAUAUGGUUCUCAUAUUAUUAUUUUUUGAAAGUGCAAAUUGGACAAAUUCAGUUUUAAAUGUGAACUGAUUGAAGUUCUCCUCCAACCCUACUCAUGAGUUAUGGAAGCCCCAUAUGUACACAGGACCCCCCGCAACAUGACUGAAGUGACUGAAGGGCUGACUUCCUGGCCUUCUCCGGAUAUAUGGUAUAAGGCAGCUUUCAGUGAAACCAUACUGACCUCUUCAGUCACAAUGAACCAGCUCUCUGUGAAGACUUCUAGCUCUCAAAACCCCGAGUGAGGUGUAUGGUGUUGGCAUGCACAUUAUCCUCAUGGUUCAUAGCAUAUGGUCUUCAGCUACCUGUGUAGUAGUUAGUUGUGCUAGUUGUGUAGUAGGUUAUAUCAGAUUUGAACUGGGGCUCAAACUCUGCAGUGAGGCUCCCUAAGGUAAUCUUGGGCUAGUCACCUAAGGUGGUUGUGAGGAUAAGGUGGGGGGCAUGGGGAGGAGAUAUAUAUAUAUAUAUAUAUAUAUAUAUAUAUAUAUAUAUAUAGGCCACCUUGAACUGCUCAGAGGAAGGGCAGGAUACAGUGCCAGGAGUAAAAUAAUUUAUUCUUGCCCUCUUUGUAAUGUGCAGAUCCACUCAGAACAAGAGGAGCCAAAGAUCUGAACUUUAUCCGUGUACUUUUGGGAGAUGAGCAAACGAUAACCUUGCUCUCUAUGUCACGCAAUGAUGCUUGAUUAUGACAUAACAUAUGAUAAUUACUGAAACAUUAAGGCAAAAAUAGGCAAGUUGGCUUAUCCUGAAGUUUGAUAGCUUGGUACUCUUGUUUUUAUCUUGUCCACUCUAUUUACCUUUUUGUCAAUUACUUCAUUCUGCAUCUUUGCUUGAACGUCAUGCAAAAGGUCAUCCAAUUUGGUGGAAAUGAAUACGGAACUGACUUCACUUAUUGAGAACUUUGAAACCUGUGUUUCAUCAGAGGAGGGAAUACUGUGUGUUUAUCUUUAUUUAUUGUGCAUUAUGUUUCAGAUAGGAAAAGAGCAUUCAGGCCUGAAGGCUGUUACUGAAAUUCUGCAAGACAUCCAAUAUAAGGUAAAGCUGUUAAUUCUGCUUUCUAUAAAUGUUUUGAAAUGAACUAAGUAUGAUAGCUGCAGGCUACAUUUGAGUUCUCUGAUUUAUUAAGUAGCUUAGCUAUAUUCAACAUAGGCAGCAUAAUUUUGUAAAAAUAGAAGCACUUUAAAAAGAGAGAGAGAGAGUUUGAUAAAUAAUUUAUCUUAUAAUUUGGUAUUUUUAUUAGAUAGUCAAUUGUUUCAAAAUCUGCUCUCUCUUAAAAACAAGAGAGACAAGACUGAUUUCUGUUAAAUUUUCAGGGAAAGUCCAAGUCAAUACCGUGUUUUAAUCCCAACACAUUAUUACCAGGUAAGUGCUUAUUUGUAUGCCACUAAACUAUGCAUGCACAAAAGACUAUGGAGGCCAAGAGUGGUGCUGCCAGUGCCUGCAGCCAGACCCUGAAAGCUUUGAUGGAGGCAAACCCACGGCUGUACCAUGGCUGCUCUAGGCAUGUUUCCUCUUUAGAAGGUAGUUACCUGGCCAUGGAAUGCACCUUGCACAAUGAUGGCAGCAAGUGAGGAGCACAGACUGACCUCAUAUCUGACCUGCUCAGACUGCCUGGAUUUGGGGAAAUCUGGGCUUUACUGAGGAAAGCCCUUGUUCUGGUGUUGCGCAGAGAGACACAUAAACUGAGAAGGGGCAUGCUAGUGAAAUCCCUUGCUGGUAGUCCAUGACGAGAGGAGAGUAUCUCAUGCCAGUGGGGAUUGCAGCCCAUCUUAGACCCUUCUUGGGAAAAGCAUUCAGAUGCAGUUUACUGCAGUCUGAUGUUCCAUUCAACAUCUCUCUGCAGGGAUGUAGUUUGGGGAUGAAGUGCCUGCAGCAAAAGCUUGUUUUCCAACAUGCCCCCUGCCGGCUGCACCUGGCACAGCUCUAGACUGAAGAUAGGAUUGUGCCCUUGAUUUUGAAAAGAAAGAUGGAGCAUAAUGGCAUGUUUUCAAACCAAUCUCCUCCAUUUAAUUUCAGACCCCCUCCUACGAGAUUACUGGGUGUACGAAGGCUCUCUCACGGUUCCCCCCUGCAGCGAAGGUGUUACAUGGAUCUUAUUUAGAUAUCCUUUAACUGUAUCCCAACUUCAGGUAAUGGCUGUGCUUAUAAUGACCUUAGAAUGUAAUUCCGAGCGAAAGGUUAUAGCGUGCAAAAUAUAUUGCAGGGCAGGAUACCUGCUUCAUCUUGAAGAUCUCAUUAGAUCAGUUGGAGCAUGGCUUUUAAAAUAAAGGUUAAAUCUUUUGUGUCACUGAAAGCAAUAGAAAGGUCAGAAAUGGAAAAAAGAACUCUGUUGACUUUUAUUCUAUGCGCCAAAUAUAUAUAUAUAUAUAUAUAUAUAUAUAUAUAUAUGAAAGACAAAAAAAGAUCACAGAGUAAAAAAGAAAUGUAGCCCCUUGUCAUUGUUUGCCUUUAAAUAAUUACUGCUAGUUGUUUGAACAAAGGCACACAAUAGCUCUGUUUGUGCAGUGAGGGUUCCUGUGGGUACUGAACAUGCCCACCUGCUUAGGUCUGACCGCCCCCCCCCCGCAGACACAGGGCUCCUGUUCUAUUGGGGAUGCAUUAUGCAACAUAGUAUUGACAAAAUAACAGUACAUUAGCGGUAGAUUUCUUCAGCUUUACUUUGUUCUGAAACUUCCGCAAUGCUACCACGUUAAUGGUAUCCAGAGGGGCUGUAGCGCAACAAAACCAAAAUUAAACCAGGAUAUUUGUGGUAUAAAAAGCUAUGGGAUUUCAGCAGGGUGCUACAAGAGAUGAGCUAAUGUGAAACGAAGCAGACCACCCCAAAACGUUUGCUGGCAUGUGUGUGAGAGAGAGUGCUUCUACAUUAAGCAUUUAACUUCCAAUGGUAUCCUGCAACCUGCUGCACUUUGGGUGGGUGCAGCAGAGGCCCCCAUGGGGGUGGUCAGUGUGGUCACUGGACUAAGGGGACUAGGCUAGUCCCCUAAAUGUUCUCCUGGUGUCUCCUUCCCAAAGCCCGGGAAGCUUCUGCCCGGCUUAGGGAGGCAGGCGCAAGUCUCUGAUGGGUCCAAGAGCUGUCCUGCCAUCUUCCCAAAGCCCAUCUGGCUUUUGGAAGGAGGCAGGUUCAGUCAUCCUGUCAGAGCCCUGGCAGCUCCUUCACAAAGCCUGGGAAGCUUCUGCCUGGCUUAGGAGGGAGGCAUGAUGCUCACGUGUAUGACGUCAGGACGUCAGAACAUCCCACGCAUGACACUGACCCCCCCCCCAUGCCCCUUGCAAGCUAGCACCUCUGGCCCUAACUGUUCUCCUAUGAAAAAUUUUACCGCAUGCCACUCAUGGUGGAGUCCCCUCAUCAGAAGAACCCAGUGAAGGGGCACCUCUGCCAGAUCCUCCCCCUGCUAAUCACCUUAGGAUUUCUCUGCCCAUUUAUGUUCUGUUAUGGUUGUUCGGAGUAAACAGUUGUUAAGUAUAUCUGGUAUUCACUUCUUCUACUGAGGUAAGGACUGAGAAGUGCUUUCCACUGAAUGAUGUUUAGCCUCUCCCUUAUCAAAAACAUCAUUAAAAUAAAGCUUUUGUUACAAGUGUGAGGCAUUCUAUUCAACAUGCAUUUAUUUGAAGGUCUCCUAGUACUACUCAGAAGUACUGCAACUGUGAUGGAGCUUUUUUCUCAUCUCAUUUUUGUUUGCUUUAUCUCUCCAAGACUCCAAAGAUUGAAACUUUUGAAGUGUGUUGGAGAAAUCACUUUUUCCUAAACUGCAAUGACAUCAAACUAUCUUAGUGAAGUUUCAGUUCAGGUUUCAUUUGAAGCAUGUUACCUCUCUGUUAGAUACUCAAGAUCUUACUGUUCUUCUGUAAGAUACUUACGUUUUCAGGGAAACUUAUUUUUUUUCUUAAUCCACUUAAAUAGACAUAAAAUCAAUGAACAUCUUCACAAUCUGAACUUUCCCUUUUAAGUAUCUCCCAAGAACCUCCAUCAUCUUCCUUCCUUUCAUCUCUUCUAUGAAAGCUGCUCCAUUCUGCCUUUCAAAGCUAAAAAGAAACAAUAUGGAUUUCAAAAGCACUACUCUGAGGAACAAUAAUCUUAGCAACCCAAGCUGUUCCUCAAAUAAACAAGCGUAUUCAAAGAAGUCAGUUUUGAAGUAGAUGGCAACCAUAAUUAUAGUUAUCUUCUGAAAUGUCAUUGUUCUUGCACUGUACCGAUGUGAAGAUAAAUCUUGAGUUGAAUCUGAUCCUACACUGACUUGCACACAGAGAAGCCUCCUGUCCCCAUUUUUAAACCUUGGUAAUAUUUUCUAUGAGGAGUAAAAUUUGUCAUCUGGGUAAGGGCAAGAAUAGAUUGUUGUUGUUGUUGUUUUUAAAGCAUGGGGGUGUGAACGUACCUCCUGUGGAAUAUAUGAUACACCUAAUGCAAAUGCUAUCUAUUUUAGGGGUGAUUUUUUCCAUUAACUUUGGGUUCAGAAAAAUAGGGGUUGUCUUAUAUGUGGGGACUUCUUAUACAUGGAAAAAUAUGGUACAGUCGUACCUUGGUUAUCAAACAGAAUCCAUUCCGGAAGUCCAUUCGACUUCCGAAAACGUUUGACAACCAAGGCGCAGUUUCCGAUUGGCUGCAGGAGCUUCAUGUAUUCAAUCAGAAGCUGCAGAAGCUGCAUUAGACAUUCAGGUUCCAAAGAACAUUCACAGACUGGAACACUCGCUUCCGGGUUUGCAGCGUUCAGGAGCCAAAAUGUUCGAGUUGCAAGGCGUUCGAGAUCCAAGGUACGCCUGUACUUGCUUAGCAUAUAACCCACAUUUUCAUAAAAAUAUAUCAAGAAGGUGUAAGCCUAAUAAGAAUAAAAUCAGAAAAAACUGCAUUAAAAUAUAAUUGAAAACAUUAAUAAGAACUAAGUGGUUAAAAAGAGAAAAUUCAUAUUGCAGAGGUUUGUCUAAGCAAUAUAUAUUUAACAUCUGAGCUAUUGUGUGGAUCCCAAAGCAAAUGGCUCAUUAUGUAGUGGGAGCUUGGGGAGAAAGCAGCUUAAGGAAGAGCUUAGUAGCAAAUCACAUGCUUUGUAUGCCAAAAGUGCCAGGUUCAUUUCCUGGCUUUCCAAGCAAAGUGUGGAAGGGAAGCACUUCUGAAGCCCUGGCAAGCUGCUGCUCAUCAAUGUAAAGAAGUUGUUGUUGUUGCUUCUAUACAACCUGGCUUCCCAUAGGAACCCAGGGCAGUGAACAUCAUAAAAACAAUCCAUGAAAAUGUGUUACAAUACCACAAACACAGAAAAAACCCAUAUGCUAAAAGAAUACCACCAGCUGAAAUUGCAGUCAACACUCAUGUCUCAAAGGCCCAGGAGAACAGAUAGGUUUUUCCAUUUGUGUUUAAAAGCCUGUAUGGGGACAGACGUACCUUCCCAGGGAGGGAGUUCCACAAGCUGGGCAUUAUCAUAGAGAAUGCCCUGUCAAAAUGCGGCUAGGCAACUUGUGGGAUCUACUUUGUUUUUUUUAGAACCCUGAGAUCCGCCAACCACAGUCUGGUGCAAAAUACACAAGGCACUUAAAGAAUUCUGGGCCUAGGAAUCUGUACCAGCACUGAACUGAUGUCUCAGUCCUUCCAUAUGAAAACUCACUUGUAAACAAAACCCUAUUUUCUACAGGAUUUGGAGUAGGAAUGUGUAGGGAUUAUAAUAAAAUUCCUGAUUUUAUAAGGUUUUCUUUAAAAAAACAACAACUAUACCAUAAAUAGUAGAAUGGUGGGACAUAGUUUAGAGAGAGAGAAAAAUAAACAGUAUUAACAUUUUCUUACAAAGGAGCUGAUGUAUAAAACAACAACUGUUUUCUUGUUUUUAUUAGAUAGAAGAGUUUCGAAGACUGAGGACACAUGUUAAAGGGGCAGAACUGCUAGAAGGCAGCGAUGGAACACUAGGAGAUAACUUUAGACCCACACAGCCACUAAGUGACAGAGUCAUAAGGGCUGCCUUCCAGUAGCAAAGACAAAUAAUGGAAAUAAUCAUAAUGUAGGUAAGUAAAAACAAAAUAGAAAGGGACAUGUGGGAGUGGAGACCAAAUGCAAAGAGGGCAGAACUCUUUAAGGUUUGUGUCCAACUUAGAUUUUGGGCAGGUGUAGUUUGCCUCCAUCCUUACAGGAAAAGCUGCACCUGUCAAAAUUCACUCUUCCACACAACUGUUGAAGGCCUACAGAUAGAGGAGUGCUGUCUCCCCUAUCAUGAGCGGAGAAGAAAAGAGAGAGUCAUGCAUGUCAUAGAAAUAGCAGUGUUUCUUGCAUUGGCACUCAGUUCAAUGUGAGUCCCACAUCUGAAGACUUUGCAGAUGACUGCAUAAGCCAAGGAGCCACUGCCCUCUCUUCCUGAAUUUUUGCUUGUUCUCCCGUUGUGUGCCUACCCUUCGCCAUAUUGGAAUUUCAAUUAUAUAGUACUCUUCUGCAGUUCCAGUGGCGUAGCGUGGGUUGUCAGCACCCGGGGCAAGGCAAGUAAUUUGCGCCCCCUAACCCGUGGAUUUUAGUAGGGGCAGAGAGCUGCGAGUGCGAGCGCGCCCCCCCCAGAUGUUGCGCCCGGUGCGGCCGGCACCCCCUGCACCCCCACGCUACGCCACUGUGCAGUUCCACAAUAUAAUUACUUUGUUUUUGGAAGGAGUGAUUUCAAAUGCAUCUGGAUUCCUGCAUAGAGAUUACUUGAGGGGGAAGUCACAGACAUACUCAUGUAAAUUUUAUUUGUGAGAGAAUGAAUAAUGUCCUAAGGCCACUGCCGGUAAUUCAAAUAUCAGUAGCACCAAAGUUAUUUGACAAGAUGACUUUGAAUUUUAAGCAUGCAAGAGUUACUUCUAAAAAAUAUUGAUCUGAAGUGACAAAGCUCUUUCAGUACACUUAACAACAUCUAAAAAUAAUUCUUGGGAACAGCUUUGUCAACCUGCCCAUAACUUACAAGGUAAUACUUAGAUCCAAAACAAUAUAAGUGGGUAUUCACUGGAAAGUUGAGCCAAUUAAAUAAUUUAGGAAUUUAGACUCAAAAGAAUGUGUUUUGCCACACAUUAUUUUAUCCCACACAGCAAUUUAUUAUCCUUCAGAUCCUGUUAAUCUUUGGUUCCCUUCAUCCUUGACUGACCACAAUAAGCACCACAUUGACAGGCGCACUGUGGUCAGCUUCCCAAACCAGGUAGAGAUUAAAUAAUACAGGACACAGGUGUGGGUGGAAACAGGCCACAAUAUUUGUUGACCAAAGUGAGGUAAAUGGGGGUUGGCAUGGCAUUGGGUCAGGAUUCAUUAACCCCCUAAGAUCUGUGCAAGUUGACCAGCAUACAGGGGCCCAAUGUGGUACACAUCAUGUGACUGGAAUCCUGCUGGUAACCUGAGAUGAAUGGCGCUGGCUUUGGCCUAGACAGAGCUCAAGUGCAGAGUUGUGUGCCCAACUUAAGAGGGGCUUGAGAUCCUACUCAAUGCCAUUUAAGCCCAAGUUAUGAUCAACAGCUAUGUAGAUGAUGCCUAAGAGUCACCUGCUAUCCAGUGAAAGAAACCUCUCAACUUGAAGGCUAAUUGUGGUUAAAGAGUAAGAUUACUUUCCAGCUCUGUAAAGUAGCAGCCACUCAAUACCUCAAUGGAAGACUUUAAAACCGAGGCCCACUGAGUGUGUGUGUGUAGGCUAGGAAACCCCACCUCCAGCCACAAGGUGAGGGAGGACUAGAAUGGUCCCAAGAGGAGGAAGCCCCACAAGAUCCCAGGGAGUAUUGGUCCUUCCCCUGGCCAUGGCUAUGUCACAAUGCUGGGUCGACAUUAAUGCUAAGAAACUGGUAAAAAGUGUAAUCAGUACAAUAUUAAAGUAUUCAUGUUGUGUCAUGACUGAGCUCUUCAAAGUGAUCUUGAGUUAGGGGAUCCUGCCCUGGGAAUCCUGUGUCCCCUAGACUUACCUAAACAGAUCAAUGGGCAAUACACCCCAAAGGCAGCACUUUCCAGGAGGACAUGCUGCUGAACUCUGUUCUCAAGAGCAGUCAACCAGAUCUUUCCAGCAGGGAUUCUGAAUCAACACACCAACUCACCUAUUACUGUUUGUUCCCCUGUAGGCUCUCCAGUAAAGAUGACUGGAUGUGGAACAUUAGGCCAUUCAUCAAUGUCACAGAGCUAGGAUGCAAUCUGGAACACACUGUUCCUUUCAACCUCAUCUUAGACAGCCUUCAGAUUGCACUGAACUCAGAUGAAUUUUAGCUUUUAUCGGAGCAACUUCUGUUACCUGUGAAGCUGUUCUAAGUUUGGCAGACAUUUGGUACCCUUCUACACUACUUGCUUAGUUCCAAUUACAAAUUUCCACCAGCUGCUGGUAACCUCAAGCACCUGAGUCAGUCGUCCAUGGCCUAGCCCAGGAUCUAGAAGAUGCCCACUGCAUCUGGAAUAGGACAUCUUGUGCCUGGUUGAAUACAUGAUUAUUGCUUUUGCUGGAGGAGAGCUGAAGGAAAAUGUAUCUUGGAAUCUGUUCCCAUAUAGGAAAAGUCCAAGUAGUUAUUGUAUCCUUCUCAAGUGUUAUUUCAUUUAUGUUACUGUCUAUUUUACUUCUGCAAUCAGAGAAUGGAAGAAUAGACCUGAAGGUAAUUUGAGGCAUCUACAGGUAUGCAGAAAGCAAGGCGUCACUACACCCCAGAAAAACAUUUGCCAUUUUUUUGUCACACAUAGCUAACCCAUUCUAGGGCCCAUCUGCACUAUGCAUUUAAAGCAGUACUGUACCACUUUAUGGCUUUCCCCAAAGAAUCCUCAAUACCCCUAUUCCCCUCAGAGAGCAACAAUCCCCAGAAGUCCCUGGGGAAGAGGGGUUGAUUGUUACUGUAUUUUUCCAUGUAUAACACAACCCCAUGUAUAAGACUAUUUUUGGGAGCCCAAAAUUUAAAAAAUUAAAAAUUAAGGAAGUUGUUGAAUAUAAGAUGAACCCCAAUCUAUUACUAAAAUUUUUAAGAAAAAAGGUUGUCUUAUACAUGGAAAAAUACAGUAAACCACUCUGAAAUUUCAGCUCUGUGCGGGGAACAGGAAUCUCCAACAACUCUCACCAUCCGUAAUAAACUACAGCCAUGACUGUUUAGGUGGUAUAAUACAUCUUUUAAAGUAUUUUGCAGAUGGAACCCUAACAUCCUCUUGAAAAUAAGAGUUGAAAAGUGCAUAGUAAAACCUGUGUAAUGCUGGUAAAUAUAUGACUCCCUCUGUAUCCUACACAUUUUGAAGUGAUUUAUGAUUCAUAUGCUUUGAUAAACAAUUAUACAUGAUACAGUAUAUCCCUGUGAAAUAAGAUUGAAUUAAAUAAGUUGAUUUCUGCUGGCUUGAUGUUUUCUAAGAGUCCUUGAUGUUUCGAGUCGAUAUGUAUUUAUUCUAUCCUGAUUACUAGAAGCCUUUGUGGAUUUCUGAGCCAUACUAAGGAGUGGCCUGAGGGAGAGAAACAUAACGUUUUAGAAUUCUGUCUUUUUCCAAUAUGUUAACUCAGUAGCUGGAAUGGUCUUCCAUAAGUCAUUCUUCUCUCUUUCCUGUUUUUUAUUUAAUAAUGUAAACAUAAGCCUAUUUGAAAAUAUGAAUAUUAAUUUAUUGAAAGUAAUGAAGAAAUAACAAUGGGGAAAGUCAGUAUUUCUUUAUUUUUGGAAUCUAGAGAUCAGACGGUCUCUACCAAAGGGAUCAGAUGUGCUCCUGCCAAUAUGAAGAGGCCUGACGGGAAAGAUAAGAGACGGAGAAUAAAGAAUUCUCUAACACGAAGAAGAGAAAAAUGGGACUUAGGAAGUAACAAAUCUCACUCUCAGAAUAUUGAAAAAACAUGAGCCCCUUUGAACUUGCUUCAGUGUAAUCUGUCCACAAUAUGUAUUAGUACUAAUUAUUUGAAAUAUUGUUUACUGAUCAGCAUGCACUAUAGCAAGAAGAGUAUGCAUCUCUAUGUCAGCCAAAUCAUAAUUACAUUUAAACAGCAUUGCAAAUGAUGAGUACUGUCUUUCCCUCGAUUAAACUUAUUAAUAACAAAUGAUACAUUCAUUGGUUUUCCAGAAAAUUCCUGGGUUUUCAGCCAAUAGUUUCGCAAUUACGGUACAUUUUUGGAAGCUGUAAAAUAAUCUCCAGUUAAAAGUAAAACAGACAAUAUAUGUAAUGUAUUGAUGGAACCCUGAGCUUCCAAUAUUCUGUAAGCGUUUUCUGACAGGGUUAUGCUAAUGUCUAAUUCAAUGAAUGUCAUUCAAGUCAGGACAUCACACAGGCCUUUAAUAUUUAUUUAUUGUAUUUAUGUUACCUUUUCUCUAAAGGUGCAUACAUACAGUUUUCUUCCCCUUCUGUUAUAUUCUCACAACAACCUUUUGAGGUAGUUACAAAGAAAGAACAGAGCAGGCCUAAUAUCACCCAGGAGUGGGAAUUUGAACCCGGGUCUUCUCUGUCCUAGUCCAACACUCUAAUCAUUGCACCACACUGGUUCUCAUCAAAUAUAACAUGUGCUAUAAUAUAGGUGGAACAUAAAUAAACAAACCAACAAAAAUAAAUAACAUGACUAUAUGAAGAAGGGAUAUAAAUCCAUAUCCAAAAUCAACACCUAAUGUCGGGAUGUGUUUAUUUGAUAAUUUCCAAUAAAACUUUUUCCUAAAGCAUUUCUAAUUUUCAUAUUAAGAUUUGUUUUUAUAUCGAGACUUUUACCUUUAAGGAAAACUAUAGGUCACACAUUUCUUUUCAAUUAACCUAAUUUAUAAUUAACACGAAAAGCUGUUUGUGCCGCCUUCUGUUCAACACAGGUAUAAUAAAUGCAACAAAACACGCUUUCACGUGGUUCCUUA